GGUGGGGCAGUCUGUAGCGAAGGAGAUGGCGGCGACGGCAGCGGAGGCCGUGGCCUCGGGCUCUGGAGAACCCCGGGAAGAAGCUGAAGCCCCCGGCCCAGCCUGGGAUGAGUCCCAACUGCGCAAUUAUAGCUUCCCGACCCGGCCCAUCCCGCGUCUGAGUCAGAGCGACCCCCGGGCGGAGGAACUUAUCGAGAAUGAGGAGCCUGUGGUGCUGACAGACACAAAUCUUGUGUACCCUGCUCUGAAAUGGGACCUUGAAUAUCUGCAGGAGAACAUUGGCAACGGAGACUUCUCUGUGUACAGUGCCAGCACCCACAAGUUUUUGUACUACGAUGAGAAGAAGAUGGCUAAUUUCCAGAACUUUAAACCCAAGUCCAACAGGGAGGAAAUGAAAUUUCAUGAGUUUGUUGAGAAACUGCAGGAUAUACAGCAGCAAGGAGGGGAAGAGAGGUUGUAUCUGCAGCAAACGCUCAAUGACACCGUGGGCAGGAAGAUUGUCAUGGACUUCUUGGGUUUUAACUGGAACUGGAUUAAUAAACAACAGGGAAAGCGUGGUUGGGGACAGCUGACAUCCAACCUGCUGCUCAUUGGCAUGGAAGGAAAUGUGACACCUGCUCACUAUGAUGAGCAGCAGAACUUCUUUGCCCAGAUAAAAGGCUACAAGCGAUGCAUUUUAUUCCCUCCGGAUCAGUUUGAAUGCCUGUACCCAUAUCCUGUUCAUCACCCGUGUGACAGACAGAGCCAGGUGGACUUUGACAAUCCUGACUACGAGAGGUUCCCCAAUUUCCAGAACGUGGUUGGUUAUGAAACAGUGGUUGGCCCUGGUGAUGUUCUUUACAUCCCAAUGUACUGGUGGCAUCACAUAGAGUCAUUACUAAAUGGGGGGAUUACCAUCACUGUGAACUUCUGGUAUAAGGGGGCCCCCACCCCUAAGAGAAUUGAAUAUCCUCUCAAAGCCCAUCAGAAAGUGGCCAUAAUGAGAAACAUUGAGAAGAUGCUUGGAGAGGCCUUGGGGAACCCACAAGAGGUGGGGCCCUUGUUGAACACAAUGAUCAAGGGUCGAUACAACUAGCCUGCCAGGAGUCGAGGCCUCCUGCCAGGUGACUGCUAGCCCGUCCACACCGCUUCAUUGAUGAGGACAGGAGACUCCAGGCGCUAGUAUUGCACGCUGCACUUAAUGGACUGGACUCUUGCCAUGGCCCUGGAGGCAGGUGUUUGGGGCAAGGCAGGGUGGUUGGCACUCCACUCCCAUUUGGAGGGACUUCUUGCCCUUGCCUCUGUGCCCCAGCAUCUUCCCUCUCUGCCCCCUAAGGUCCUGCAUUCAGUGUGUGGAGUCCCAGCUUCUGGUUGUCAUCACAUCUGUGUGUGUCAGUCUGUCACCCUCAGGAUGUGUGUGCGUGUGUGUGCAUGCACACGCAUGUAUGUAUCUGUUUCUUGCUUUCUCCUGGGUCAGGAUGGCGCUGCUGGCUCUCAGCCCUGUCUCCUGCAACCUCAGUGCCUCAGCCUGAGAGAGAGGAGAUGGUCUUGGACGCCCACCACACCUGGGCUGCAGGGCCAGAGCUCUCCUGACCAUCAGGUCAGUCUGCCUCCUUCCAGUUUUCGCAGAGUCAGGCUCUAGGCUGGGUGGGAAUGGCCACCGGGACUCUUCGUGGGGAAAGUGAGAGGGAGGCUUGCCUCUAUGAGCCUAGGUAGGCUUCCUGUGAGAGAAUUAGACAAGGUUCUGACUCGGACCUUUAAGCUCAAGCCAUACAUAGAAAACAGCCUUGGGAUACGAGAACCAAGGAUUAUGUAUAAGUUCCAAAUUGCAGACACAUACAGCUUCUCUCUUUCAGCACCAGCUCUUGGCUCCCUGUGCUGAGUACCAAGGGAGUCCUCCUGUAGUGGCUUCUCUAGGUUCUAGGGGUAUAAGCCUCUGUGGAUGUGUGUGUGGUGUGUGUGUGCAUGCGUGUGUGUGUCCACACUGGCCUGCCUCUCUGCUUACCAGGUUUCUCCACUGCUUAACCUUGUCCAGUGGGACAGACAGUGUGAGCCCCAGGGAAGUACCGCCUGACCUAGCCUAAAGCUUUUAUACUUAGUUUUAGCCAUUGGACACUCUUCGGGUCUCACUGCAAACUGCCUGAGGCUGACUGGCUAGAGCGUCCAGGCCCUGUGACCCUCACUCCCCAGGCCACGUCCUCUUCUGCAGUCCUUCCUGGCUGAGUAGAUGAAAUGGGGUCAAGCUUAGGCAGCUAACUUGCCACUGUCAUCCACCUCAGGGCAAGGACAAAAAUGUAGCCUUGCCUCUUAAAGCCAGAGCCUCUGCCAGACCCCACUGUAAUGUUCCACAAACACUCUUGAAAGUCAGGGCAACCGAUGGAGCACAGAAGUGGAAUUUUUUUUUUUUUUUCCUGUUCAUUGUUACUUGUGGGAACCCGUGUCAGGGCCGCAGCUUAUAGCUGGGCACUGCACCACUUGAAGGGCCAUCAGUCACGUGACUCAGUGGAACUGGGACCCCUGGAAUUGGGCAGUGUGGUGGCCCUGUGUCUUCUCACCUCCAGUCCCAUCUCCAUGCCCCUUCUUCCUGGAAGGAAAGAGGAGCUGGAGUUGGAAAACUGAUUUUAUCCCCCCCCCCCCCCUUUUUUUUUUUUGCCAAAGGUUUACUUUCAUUGUCUGAGCUGUGGCUCUAAGUCCCGAAGCUCAGUUUACAGUUACAGCGCACUGAUGGACUGAGAGGGUGUGUGUAUGUGUGUGUGCAUCUGUGUGUGUAUUUUGGGGAGGGGCGUCUAUUUGUAGUGCCCCAUUCCGGGGUUCUCUGAUGCAGCGUGGGUGUGCAAACACGGUACCUUCUCAAGUGUAGUUCUUUCAAAUAUAGCCAAUGCUGGAAAAUAUGAUUGCAGUGAUCUCCAUCCCUCUAUCUCUUUUGGGAAAGAGGAGCGCAGCAAAGAAAAUAAGGCAGACAGAUGAUAAACUUGACCACAGUCAAACUUUGAAAGAUAGAUUAUUUUCAUUUUCCUUAGCAGGUCUGCUGCAUUCCUGGCUCAGCCCUCAAAGAUGAGGGUGACGUACGGCAGGAGGCAUGUGCCACUCAGCUGGUCCUUGCUGGGUGCUGUGCUGACACAGGUCUGACCUAAGGCUACCAAGGGGGAGGAUCCUUUAUAGGAUUGGUCCUGAUCCAUGGAUAAUAUAAUAGUGACCCUGAUAGUUAGACACCUGCCUAGUGCUCUUAUCUUGUUCCUCACUAUCCUGCAAGGUGGGUAUUCUCACUUCACAGCUAAAGAGAUGGGUUUAGAGCAGUUUCAGUGAUUAAUGGCAGUAAGGAUUUAAACCUAGUGCUAUUUGGCUGCAAACCCCCUGCUCCCUUUCCACCAAAUUGUUGGUUCUCCUACCUUUCCUCCUCCUCUGCACUACAAGCCAUCAUCGGAUCUCACCCCGCUGGGCAGUGCCCAAGAAGAUGCAUGAGAUACAGCUCAGGGUAAAAGCUCUUCUGGGCUCCAGCUAAAGACCUCUUGGGAAAACUACUGGGAAGCCCUGUUCUGAGUGCAGAGUGCUGGGAGGAGCUGUGGGGAAAUGGAGUUCUAGAUCCUAGUGCAUUUUUUGUGUGUCCUUGAAUGGGCCCCAUAAUUUCUCCCAGCACACGUCUGCACCUAUGAGAUUGAAGGUUCAGUUCUAGAUAAUAACUAAGAACAUUGAUUCAUGUUCUGCUGCUUCCCUUUCCCCCAAGGAAGAGAUCUAGGCUCCUUCCCUCACUUACCUAGAUUAGGGCUGUCCGGGCUCAAAUUCUCCUUGCAGCUGAGGAAACUUACCUGCUCUGUUGCUUACUCCUGUGCUGGCCAGCAGUGUAGAGGCAGACACACCAAGGAAAGGUGGGCCUUUGGGCCUGAACGGAGGUCAGCCAUAUUGCAGGCUCCCAUUUUUAUACCAGCAGGUACACAGGAAACUACUGUUUUGUGAAGUCAAAUAUUUGUUGGGGGGUUGGAGUUCGGGGGAGGGAGGGGGGCUGUUCUGGGCAUCAGUUGAGCAGAUGCCCAGGAUGCCUGGGGGAGACCAGCUUCCCGUACAAAUCAGAGCUCUAAAUUACAAGGUUUUUACCAACGCGAACAGUUGGGGGAAGUCGUCUGCUCUCAUUUGCGUAAUGGUUUCUGUCACUGGUGAUUAGACACAGGAUGAAGGAAAAGAAAUUUGACAAUUAGGAAUGAGCGAUCAUUAAUCUGAAUCUGUUAGGAGACAGAGAGGGGAAGGAUCCUUAUCAGUGGGCCAGCCCAGUGUGGGGAGGCCCUCCCUCUGCCCCCACCAGAGACUCUUGGGCCACGUACCCUUUCGUUGUUCCCACGAGCCGACUGAGCUGAUAUUUCUUGACAGGCUAGGUGGGCCCAGUCCCCAGCCUGAGGUGGAUACAGGAAUGGACACAUAUAGGCAUGAGCCAUCAAAGAGAGAGAGAUGGGUGUCCAUUGCAAGUGAUAGGGCAAAGGAUAACAACAGAAUAGUUGUGACAUGCUGUUUGUGGGAAAAUUUUUUAAUUCAACACCCCAGAUACCCUUCUUGUGACAAGUAUUCGUUAUGUUCUAACGCUACAGGGUGUGGAGAAAACCUAGUUUUUAUCCUGUAGGAGCUUCUACUUAGUUGGAGAGGAAACCACAUGAAACAACCAGCGGUUUUGAAGCCAUGAAUCGUGCACCCUGUGAGGACAAGAUGAGAGAUUGUUGAGAGAUGAGGAAGAUCAGUAGAGAGCAAACCUCUGGGCUCCCCAGGGAGUAAUGUUGAUUCUUCCCAGUCAGUUCAGCCGUAGUAGUUGCGUGGAGGGCACUGAGGCCCCACCCAGAUAUGUGAACAGGUAAUGAGAUCACCUCCAGUGGGCUGAGUUGUAAGGUGUGGACAGUCCCAACCUGGAUCUUCCCAGGUCUCUGUGGUACCUGUGUUCAUUCUUCCUCUGUCUUCAAACUUCAGGGACUGUAUUAAUUUGCACUAGUUGGUAUUUGUUCCUCAGUUUUGUGACUUGUAUGUGGUGGGUUCCUUAGAUUAGAAGCUCCCUCAAAGAUUGGGGAAAAGGGUGGUUCCUUGUCUCCUGUCAGAAUGUGAACUUCGCAGACAGGACUGUUUCUCUUCCUUGAUAAGUUCCCUACCUCUGUGGCUUCUACCCUUCCAGAUCGGAUGCAGAGUUUAGUAGGGCUGCAGGGAAUGGCCCUCAGUGACUAGUUUUACCCAAAUAGGAUGGAUGCCGGGGUGCACUGAGAAGUGGCUCAUGGGGUUCCAGGGGCCCUGGGCUUUCAACCCUGUUCUUGUCCUUCCCUGGGACCUUCGGUGCUCGUUCUCCAGUCCCUGCUGACUUCUCUGGUGUCCUCUCAAGCUUCCUGCAUUGAAGAGAUGUUCCAGUUUCCCUUUUCAGGGCUCCUCCAGUUUCUCCUACUCAGCCUCCCUCUGUCCAGUCUCCACCAAGGGCCUUUUUCCUGAACGGGUGUUGCCCUCUCUUCAAAAGCUACGUCCAUGGCUGCAAGUGUUGGGAUAGAGUUUCUCUAGGAUCCCUCUCCCUGGGAUCAGCCCUGAGCAUGUUUGAGUCAUCUUCUCUUCUGACCUGCGGUUAGUCUGUUUGUUCUGUGCCUACUCUGCCCACGUAGCAUUCCUUUGUUCAUUCUGUGUAGCCUGUUUAGCUUUUCUAACUCUGGUGGCUCUUCUGCUAGUCUUCAGCCAUCUGUUUAAUCCUCACAGGUCUUGGGGUCCUUAGUGGAGACUGAGCACUUUUGGUGCGUUUUUAGGGGACGAGGCCUUAGACACUAGCAACCAUGAGGCCUGAGGAUCUAUGGCCAGUGGCGCCUCCAAAGAUGGGUGAGGGGAGGGUACCCAGAGUCUUGGAUAACGGAGAAUCAUGAGGAGGGAUUGGGUAGGAGAAUCCCCAGGAGUGGGGCCAGGCCUGGCAAGCCAGGGUGGAAGAAGCAGAGUUUUGUGUUUCCAUCCGAAUGCAUCUGUGUGCCUUACGGUCCAGCAAGCAGUUCAGGGAUUGUGGUCAUAUUGUGGAUGUCUCCUGGUCUGUGAUAUCUUUGGCUAUGCUCUGAGUCACCAAGUUUGGCUGGUCUCCGCAUUUCAGCGCUUGCUGGGACGGAAACAGCAUGUUGAGUAGUUUUGUGUCUGGAGCGAAGGUCUUAGAGGAGACAAGCCACGGAAGCUGGGAUAGCAGGUGAGGGACCAGUGGUCAGCUUACCCAGAUUGUCUUUCCACUCCUCCAAGUGUUUAGGCACAAAAACUGAUUAAAGAAGUGAGAAAAACUAGGCCUUGCCUUCUUCCCCACCCGAAGUCUGGGUUUUAGGUAGUAUUUUGGGAAGGGGCAUGUGUCCUUACCUUCCAAUAGAAGCAACCUAGCAUAGUGUUUUAAAGCAUGGAUUUUGGAGUCAGAUGUGUUUGGUUCCGGUUCAGAUUUCUAGCUUUGCCACUUAUCAGCCAGGUUUGACCUUGUUGAUUGACUUUACCUCUCUGAGCCUCAGUUUCCUCAAUUACAAUGAUAUGUGUGGGGGGCGAGGGGGAGUGUUGAAAACAUCUACCUCAGGGUUGUUGGAUUAACUGAAGCGAUGUUUGUAAAGCUUUAGCACGUACCUGGCAAGCACUUAAUAAAUGGCUGUGGUGGUGGUGGUUACGUUUAUUAUGUGACUUAUUCAGAAACUUUAUUUCAGUGAUUUGUGAGCAGAUUUCCAGUGAUUUUUUUUUUUUUUUCUCUCAAGAAAACCAUAGGAAAGAACAAGGAACAUGCCCUGGAGACACCCACAUCGAGUCGCAGGCAGACAGAAGGGCUUUGGUACCCAAACCUGUCCUAGAAGGAGGGAAACAGGGAAAUGCCUGAUGCCUUCUGUCUAGACAGCCAGACUUUACCACUCUCAACACCAGCCCAAGGCCAGGGUGAGAAGUCAUCAGGUAUGAGCUCUCCUUACGCUAUGUGAGGAGUGAGGGCAUCUGAAAGAGUUUCCAUCACCCCUGUAGAAGCUCUUGCCAGUUUCCUACUGUGAGACACCAAGGCAGUCAAGUCCGACCUCCUUGGUUCAGUUUUAUUCCAUGCUCUUCGCUGUAUUUAAAUUAUAUGUGUAUUAAGAUAGCUCUGGGGUAGAGGGGCUUUUAGAAGAGAAUCCAGAAAAAUAUCAGACUAGAGUCUUAACAGCUACCAUUUGUGGAGUGCCCUGGAGCAUUUCUGUUCCAGACCCGGUGCUAGUUUGUGCCUGUGUGCUCUCAGUUCAGUGGGGGCACCAACCAGGCAGUUAACAUUACAGAUGUGCAAAGGAGAAGCUAGGUGUUCACAGCAGGCUUCCUGCAGGAAAUAACAUAGGCUAAGCUGAUAUCUAGAAGUUAACCAGAGGUUGGGGAGUAGCGAAAGGCAUACCUUUCUUCUCUGGCUUCUCUCCCAGUUCCCAAACAAACCCUCUGCUCCUCCAUGUUUAAGGGUUCUGUUAAUAACACCUAGAAAGGAGCCAGAUGAUGGACCCUAAAAGAAGAAAACCCUUUGGUUAGCCACAGAAAUCUUUGGAAAUCAUUUUGGUGGCUGGCCCAAGUUUGUCUUGGAGUACAGAUGGAUUGGACUUGCUUCCCUUGUAACCUUUCCACUGUCCUCUUUCUCAGAAAUCUGUCUGCAUUCUGGCCUCUGGAGCCACUCUGCCACCCUACUUGGAAGAGAUGCUGGAUACUCAGAAGUCAGCCCGAGGUAUAUUCUGGCUGCCUGGAAUUCUCAGCUUCUUCCACACUGACAUCCUCCUGAUUUCUUAGGUUUUGUCUCCCACUUUGAGCCACUCCCUUCCUCCCCACUAUGAGCUGAGCCUCUCUGUAGUGCCCCCUCUGUAGCCACACACAACCUCUUGCCUCUAACCUUGGUCCCCAGCCCCAUGGGUGAAGAAGACCCCUCUCUAGCUUGUGCCAAGUCAUUCCUGGACUAUAGGCCAUUCUGUAGUCGCUUUGCAUUCACCUCUUCACUUCUAGAUUUCUUUGGCUCCGGGCCCUGAAAGCCUUCUCUUUGGUCCUUAAGGGCAGCUCUACUCCUUAACCCAAAAUGUAAGCUAUAUCUGGGCUAGGUUUUUAUUACCUCUCCAAUAUAAAGUGUGUAGUGCAACAUAGGGUAGUGAUUGAGAAUGAGGGCUCUGCAUACCUGACUUUGAAUCCUAGAUCUGUCAUUCUGUAUGACCUUGGGCAAAAUGACAGACUGCUUGUAACUCCUUCAUAUAUAUGGGGAUAACUACUACGUUGUCAAGGCUGUAUGAAAUACGGUUUGUAAAGAAAGGCUUAGCAGAGUGACUAUUUGAUAGCAAGCGUCAGCCCUUCUGUCUUUCAAAGGCUUCACCUCUUCCUCAUCUAGCUUUCCAGCAGCAGGUCCUGCUUCCAGUCUCAGGGUAAGUCUAGUUGUCAACUCAUGAGCAGAGCAGAGGUAUGAACUUUCCUGCUUAUGUUACGAGUCCCUGCCCCUUCUCGGUGACCUGAUUCACAGAACCCUAUCACACCACCAUCACUGGGAAAUGGUCUUCCAGAAUCUCUCUUCUAUAAUAUUAAAACAAUGGCAGUGACAGUAGAAAAUGUCAGAACUGCUGCCAAGGGGUAAGAGGCACUGAAGGUGUGUGCAAGCUGGCGGCAUCACAGGCAGGGACUUUGAGGCAAGGAGGUUGGUGCAGAGGCCACCAUACUAGUUGAAAGGCAGCAGGACCAUGGACUUAAGAAGGUUCCCUCUAAGUUUUCAAAUAGUGAGCUUUUGACAGUGGUGUUUGAGCAACAUCCUACCCACUUUAUAGUCAGUUUGUGGUCCUUGAUCUCACAAGGGUUUGUGUGAUGUCUUAAUAAGAAAAGAGGCCUUAGAUGUGCCUCCCGGGUUUGAAAUCCCUAUUUGCUGCUUCCUGCUUCCAUCCUUAGGUGAGUUGAGGGUUCUUGAUCUUGGCUGCUUCACCUGUGAGGGCUGGGAAAUAGCACAUGGCUUGCAAUAUUGUUACACGAGUACGUGGGAAUGUUGUAAAAAUACCCAGUUCAGUGUGGGCACUUAGGAAGUGGUUUAUUAUGAAGACCCGAGUGUCUUUGAACGGUGUUCAGUUAGUAUUUGGAGAGAAGGAAACUGCUGGCAGCAGGGCCUUUUGGAUCCUACUGACUCAGGAUACCACACCUGAAGCAGAAUCUCACAGGAGAUGGCUUGGUGGAAGAGCAAAAUGGAAAAGAUCAUAAGGCUUUGGAAGAGCCUGAAUGUCUGUGGGAGGAAGGGCUGGGGACAAAGGUGGUUUUGCCAGGACGGGGUCUUGGGGAACAGAAGCAGAGACCUAAGCUCUAGUUUACCACCUAAUUCCCAGAAGGAGAGAGGAAAUGGGACAGGAGAGUGUCUGUGGAGGACACUGGCUGAGUGAAAAGAAAACAAGGUUCAAGGGCAGUGAACCUACAUGUAGAUGUACUUAUCACAGGCUGGUUGACUUUGGGGAUGUUUGUGUCUAUGCUUCAGUCUUCAUAUUUAAAAUUGGCUAAUACUGCUACUACCUUGCUUACAGUGUAGAUGGGACAGUAUACAUGAAAAUGCCGUCUAAACAGAGUACUGGGUGGUUGUUGGGGUGAGGGUCUAGGAGAGCGUUUCCAGAAUGGGUGAGUUACAGAAUUGCAACAGUUCACAGAGUAGAGCCUCCCACGUUUUCAGGAGGAAGUAGUAAAGCAGCGUUUCCCACCAGUACACUGUUCUUUCAUCCUGCCAAUGUUUGACUAGGAAGGAUUUUGAUUAAAGAAGAAAAAGCAGUGUGGUGAGAAAGGGCAGUUUUGGAGUUGGCAUGGACUCGGUUUGAAUCUUGGUUUUACCAUUCCCAGCAUUGAGAUGGUCAGAUAACUUACCAUCUCUGAGUUUUGGUUUCUUAACAGGCCUCUUCAUGUGGCUGUUGGGAAUGAAUGAGCUGCCUCACCGCCUAGUGCCUAUCUAGUAAGUGCCCGGUAAAUGUUUGUUCCCUUUCUUUCACUUCUUUUCCCCUUAGACAAGAAAGCGUCAGUUUACCCAGCAUAAAAGUGUCUCAGUUAUCCAUACCUUAAUAGGAACAAGUAAUAUCAGAUUUCUAGGGUGAGAUCAGUUGCCCUUUAAGGCAAGAAAAAGGCAAGGGAAGAAUUGUGGAGAAGGGGGCACAAUCCCACAGUGUUGAGGGUGCAGUACGGGGACUCUCAUUAUUGAGUUGGUACAGGGGUGGAUGAACAAAGGGUGACGUUGAGAGGUGAGAAUUUCAAGAAAGAAGGUGGGUGCUGGGGCACUUGGUUGGCUCAGUCGGUUAAGUGUCUGACUUCGGCUCAGGUCAUGAUCUUGCAGUUUGUGAGUUCAAUCCCCGCAUCAGGCUCUGUGCUGAUAGCUGGGAGCCUGAAGCCUUCUUCGGAUUCUGUGUCUCCCUCUCUUUCUGCCCCUCCCUGCUCACACUCUGUUUCUCUCUCCCUCAAAAUAAAUAUUAAAACAUAUUAAAAAAAAAAAAAAAAGGUGGGUGCUGACUGCUAGAGGGAAAGCCAUUUGAGCAGAGGCUGUAUGGAGUGGAGGACAGAGUGAACUAAGGGUGAGAAGACCAGAGUUCUGCCAGAAGAACCUUAGGAAUAGUGACUAAAAGUCAAAGUUAUGAAGAUGUCUUGCCUUCAUCCAGCUAUCAUUUCAAUACCUGUAAGAGUUGUGGUCCUCUCAGAAAGGAAGAAUAUAAAAAGAAAGCAGUUAUCCUCAAGAUGGAAAGACAUGUUGUUGUUUUUUAAGUAAUCUUUAUGACCAACGUGGGGCUUGAACUCACAACCCUGAGAUCAAGAGUCACAUGCUCUACUGAGUGAACCAGCCAGCUGCCUCAAGAUGGAAAGACUUCUAGAUGUUUUUAGAGCCAAGGAUAUGCAUUACCCCAACCAGGGUAUAUGGUAGCCCAGUUGGGGUUCUGGUCUUCUGUGAGAAAAUGCAGUUAGGUACUGAAGAGCAUAGAACUCAGGGAUGAUUUGAGUGGCCACCUCUUUAAAUAAUGGAGGUCCUUUGGUAGGGCUUUCCAGAGGCUACAAGUAGGACUUUCUGGGUCCCAUCUUACAAUUCAGUCACUGGUCCAACCAGAGUUUCUGGUUUACACCUUCAGCCAUCUGAGAAGGUGACCUCAAAACUAUAUGGGGCAGCAUCAGUUGCCUCUUUGAUAGGUAGGCACGCAUCUUUUAGCACUGGAGGACUUAGAAUGAAGGCUAGUAGUGUUUAAUUAAGAACAUCAAAGCCACAGCAUUACUACAUUUGCUUUUAAGGAAUCUAUACUUUUUUUUUUCAUUUUUAAGUUUAUUUAUUUUGAGAGAGAGCAGGCCAGCAGGGGAGGGGCAAAGAGAGUGGGAGAGAAAGAAUCACAAGCAGGCUCCGAGCAUUUGGCACAGAGCCUGUUGCAGGGCUCCAUCUCACAAUCGCAAGAUUGUGACCUGAGCCGAAAUCCAUAGACGCUAAACGACUGAGGUACAGAGGUGCCCCUGUGCCAUUUGUAUUAAAGAGCGUUGAGUAAUUUAUUUAGGCUUGAAUCUUAUGUUGAAAUCUUGCUAAGUUUCUAUAUAGUUUUGGAACAUUUUAAAUGAUUUAAGAUUUGCUAUAUUUAUAAACUUAAUUUAUUGGAGACAUAAUAAGUGCUUGGGAAGGUUUAUUUCAGUCAGAUAAAUGAAGCACUUGAGGAAAUCAAAUACAUUAACCUUCCAUUCAACCAAACUCCUUUGUUUCAUAAGCAAAACUAAGGUUUAUGUAACUCUGAAAGUUGAAUAUACCUUUUAAAACUAAUAUCUUAAAACUAAUAUUCUCUACACAAAAGUCACCCAUAUGGAUAUCAGAAAACUCAGGGAAUGUAGUAUUAUCACAAAGCCAAGUCUUUAGCCUCUCCAAGUACCAGGUAACUGGCAGCAGUUAAUUUGGCCAACAUGGGUCAAAUCAGAAAUACAGACAUGUUUUCUUAAAGUUUUUUUAAUUAGCAUUUAAAAUCAAUUUCCAUCUAAAAAGCCAGAUUUUGGCCUGUCUGGAAAAUCAAAAGAUCUGACAAUAAAAUUUAUAGGACAAUUGGCUGGAGCCGAGUAGCUGCCACUCUUUUGGGGGUGUUUCUUCCAGUUUGCUAUAGUCACUGUGUCUCUGGUUUGUCUGGUUUAUCCCUGGUUUGUCUCAUUUCUGUGACCUGUCUGGCCCCAUAGAUUUUUAAGCAUGUGACCCCUGAACUAGAGGUUCUGAGGUUUCCAACAUCUGGUUCAUAGCCUUGGGUAAGGGCUCAGGAAAAGUGCAGGCCCCAACCUCCUCUCUGUUCUUGUCUGCACUCCAGCUAGGCUGUCUUCCCACCUGGAUUGGUCCCAGGACGGGAUUCAGCCCCUCUAGGAAAUAUGUGAGAAAUUUCCAGGCUCAGACUUCCCUGUUUUGCUGCUCUUUUCUAUGACCAGACCAGUUCCAGGCCUUUUCUUGCCCAGACAUUUUGCCUAGGCACUUAAAUCAUGUCUCAGUUCUUGUGAAUUUCCUGAUCACCUUUAUAAUUUGACCACAGCCUCACUUUGGUUUGGUGUGUGAGGGUUCCUCACCCCCCCCCCCCGCCCCCGCCCGGGUUCUCUGCUUUAGAUUAUACCUGCUCUCUCUAGCCUGAGGUAUGGAAGAUUACUGACAGUUCAGGAGACAUGAGAGGUGAGUUUUGGAUUUUCAAGAGAAAGAGGCAGAGGCCAACCAUAGUUUAGGGAGGCAACUAGUAGCUUUUUAGAGGAGGGAGGCUACUGCAUAUAUGUGAAGGCAGAAGAGAAGACAGGAGAGAACUUAGGUGUGAGGAUAGGGUCUCAGAAGGCACAGGGUGAUAAGAUAGGAAAUGGCAAUAGUUGCUUAAACUCAGGGAGAUCCUGAAGCUCAGAAAUAUCUGCAGAGACAAGAGAUACAGGAGGGAGCACCACUGGGGGCCUGUAAUCUCCUAAUGUUACAAUUAAAUAAAUAGCACUAUCUACUUUGGAAAGAGGGCAUAGUCAUGAUAUUGGGGUCACAGCCUGGGGCAAGAGAAAUUUCCACCAGUGCAGCUGAUAGCCUCUCACAGUAUCUGUAGACAUAGCAGAAACAUCUGAACCAAAUGGUCAUGUUGCUUGGUGAAGAGCCAGACCCAGUGAGGGCUGAUUAAUGUAUCCAUGUCCUCCUAGGCCAGAGGGAAGUCUCCAGCAGCAUGCUGUAGGGAUCAGUCUGGGCCUGUGUCCUGUCUGACAUUUUUAUUGACAACUGACCAAGGCAGCAGGUUCAUCAAGUUUGCAGGUGAUAGAGCUGGGAGGGGGCAGCUAAUACUUUGCAUGAGAGAGUCAGGAUUCAAAAUGAUUUCAACAGGCUGGAACACUGGGCUGGAACCAACAAGAUUAAAUUUAACAGGGAUAAAUGUAGAGUCCUGCACUUAGGUUAAAACAAAAUCAAUGACAUAAGUACUGGGCGGGGGGCGGGCCCAGCUUGACAGCAGUUCAUGAAGAAAGACCUGGUGGGGGGGGGGGGGGUUAGUUGACUGCAAACUCAAUAGGAGUCAACCAUGUGAUGUGACUGCUAAAACCUCUAAUACAGUCACGAAUUGCAUUAACCAAAAAGCAGCCAGAUCAAGGGAGGCCAUCACUCCACUGCUUUCUCAGAUUGUCAGGCCACCUCUGGAAUACUGGGUCCUCUUUUCUAAAGGAGGUCAGUGACAAAUGAGAAUAUUUUGACAAGCAGCCAGCAUGGCAGUGGGCCUGACUACCGCCAGAAACUUUCUAGAAACUCGGGUGCUGAGCUUCUGGGAUGAAGAGCAGGGGUGUAUAAUCAGAACCCAAACAAAGAUACAAAGUGUAUCUCGAGCACUUCUCUGGAGGUUGGGAAAAAAUCUGGGAGUCUGCUUUCCUCCCAUCUUGUGGGUACCCACAGACAUUGGCCUGUGAGUCUCAUCCCAGGCCUUUCUUAGUCGGAGGACUAAGGGUUACUUCCGAUGGGGUCUAGAAUGGGGAUCAGCAUGGGAGUAAGUAGGAAAUGGGGUAGUGAAGUGGGAAGGAAGCUGCACAUUUGCAUCUCCAGCACCACCUUUCAUCGUUCUCCCCCGGGAUGUGCAGUCCCCAUUUUGGUCACAACGUGGCGCCCUCGCUCCACAUGGAUCCUGAGCCAAUGGCGAGAGCGGAGUGGGUGGCCUGGCUGCAACUGCACCUGCACUUUCCGCACUCCCCACUAUGGGGAGCCCACGGGGGGCACUCAGCUUAGUCGUGUUUGACUUGGGACUUCUGUGUGGCCAAGAAGACGACUGAGGUGAGGAAAAGCUUGCCCGGGCACAAACGUGUGGGAUCCAGAUGUGGCUCCUAUUACGGCCACAUACUCCAACCUGAGCUACUCCGCACAUGACCUCUUGUCUGCCCUGGCACGGAGCACAAGCUGCAGAGGGCUGCUUCUAUGGCAGGAGGGUUCCUGGGACACCAAGGACUCCAUCACAGUGGGAUCCGGGGUGAACCCAAAUCCCCCAUAGUGACUGGCUGUGUUACUGUCACCAACUUACCUAAGCUUUAUAUGUCUUGGGUUCCUUAACUGAAGUAGAAUAACAAUGCCAAGUUCAUGGAGUUGUUAAGAUUGAAUGAGGCAUCUAGGGCAAUGAUUCUGAACCGGUGUAGGAAUCAUGAGACAAGAUUGUAAAUGUGAUUUCUGACCCCACCACCAGUCAUUUAGUAGUUCUGGAUGGAGCCCAGGAACCUGUUUUUCUAGCCAGUUCCCCAGGUGAUUCUGAUGUUCAUGGUUCUCUGACCACAUUUUGAGAAAUUGACCUAGGACAUGGAAGGUGACCUAGUUAAUAUGCAUUAGUUCUUGGAGCCUGUAGGAGGGACAGUGGGGAUCGUCGGGCUGGGCUCGCAAGAGUACACAGGCUUGCUCUCCAGAUAACUGUAGCCUUGAUGGAGAAGGAAGAUGGGUCUGGAGAUGGGGAUAUGAUAUUAAAGCUCAAAAUGGAUGUUUGAGAACUGAGAAGAUUGGGUAUACUGAGGGCUAUAGAGGAAUUGGAGUGUUAGCACUAGGGCUGGGGGCCACUUGAUGGGGUGUUGGUGUAUUGGAGCACUGGGUGUAAUGUGUUGAAGGGAAUGGGGUUAGAGCGUACUGGGAGGGGAAGAAGCUGAGAGGUUGAGGUGGAGUACAUUGACGUUUUCUUGGAGGACUGGAGAUUGAGGUUUGUUCUGUCAUGAUGGGGCCAAGAAGACAUAAUGAUGGAGACUGCGAUGCUCAGUGAAGCCCCGUGGGGGCAGCCAUGCUUUGUGAUUUGUGAUGAGGCAUUGAGCUCAGCCUUCUAACUUUUUUUUUUUUUUUUUUUUUGAGUAAGAGGGAGGAGGAUGCUCCUUAAGAGCUUCUGGGGGAACUUUCUUGCCCCCAGAGGGCAUAAGGGUGUGUGUGUGUGUGUGUGUGUGUGUGUGUGUGCGCGCGCGCGUGCGUGUAGGAGAAGGUUAGCUUAUGCAAUGAGAUUUUCAAAAGUUCCUUUCUGGAUUUCAUGACUGACUUGAAAGGAGUCAGUCCCCAGGACACACUCAUCUCCUCUGCCUACACACACAAUAACAUUUGACCUGUGUAAUUUCUCUUGGGGCUCAACUCCCCAAAAGGGGGCACUCUUGUCAGCAGCUCGCAAGCAUGUGGAUGUCUGCCAACUGAAAACACCUUCCGGAAACUCUGAAGACCUUCCCAGAGGAACAUUCUAGAAAGAAUCCUCAAAUUCAAAUCCUUGAACACUGGAGCUGGAAGAGAACUUAAAUACCAUCUGAUGCAGUCUCCCUCAGCUUGGUCCUGAGGGAUAGACACCUGUUGCGGACACUCUGCUUUCUAAGUUUCUGGGGACCCCAGAAGCUGAUGUGGGAGACGAGACUCACAGUGAAAAAGGAGACUCAGUAGAGUAGGGUUGUGGGUUCUGCCAGUAAACACCUAGGUCAGAGGGGGAUGAACACCUACAAAAGAAGGUUCCCUAGAGCGGGGUGGCUAGGCUGCACUUUAAAAUGGGUAGGAUUUAUUUUUAUUUUUCUUCUAUAAUUUUAUGAAAAAAAAAAUACUGGAUUAGAGGGUGGGACAUGUUCUGCCACAGAGGAGCAAAGCUACAGAGGCCUGGAUCCAUCUAAGGUUUGGGGGACAAUAAAGAGGCCACUUGGUUAGAGGUUACUGAUCACUGCUGGGCAGAGUGAGAGAAGGGCAGGAAGGUCUGGGUGCAGCAGGAGGUAUGAGGCUGGAGGCCAGAGGAAAGGAACUGGAUUGGGCUCAUUGUAGGGACACUGAGGAUCGAGUCUAAAGAAGCAAAUGAGAGUGCCCAAGGAGAUGGAGAGAAGAGGGCUACAGGGACAGGUGUGAACAUGCCAAAGAAGCACUUCCCAGGGCAUCAAAAAUUUAACCAAGAGAGUAGAGGUAGACAUGGGGUGAUCACAGGCUUGAACUCUGAAGAGUUUGGAAUAGGAGGUGGGGGUAAGGAAGGUCAUUAGAGUCGGUGAUUAAGAAGUCAGCAGAAUGGUAGGGGCUAAAGUGAGUUGGUGGAGAAGAGAUACGGGCAGCAAGGUAGACUAUAUAGGCUAUCCUUUGAAAAUUACAUGCAGGACUGGAGGCAGUCCAUUAUUUUGAAAAGCUACAGUGAAGCUUUGUUAGAGGUAGAGAAACAGAUUUGUGGACAGAGGAGAAGAAGCCAUUGGAGAGGAAGAGACUGAUGUCACUAGAAAGACGACACCGGGAAGAACCAGUUAUAGAAGGGAAAGGAAGGACAUGGAAACAGCCUAAAAGGUCAAAGCCUCAGAUGUGAAGAAAGGGGUGAGGUGAGGAACUCCAGUUGGACCCAGGCUUUGAUCUAAAAAUAGUCAUGAUUGAGGUCAGCUUAUUCAAGUAAAGGUGCCUGGGGUGGGGCUGGGCUGGAGGAACAUAGAAGAAGGCAAUGGUGGAAUCAAAGUAGUCUAAUGUCUAACAUAUUGCCCAGUGGUGCCAGGACACAGUGGAGCUGGGCUGGGGUUGGUCUUGGGCAGGGUCUGAAGCUGUGCCUUUGGGAGCAGGAUGGAGCAAGCCAGUCACAGUGUAACCAUAUUACAACUGUGUCAGGAGCCUAGAGGCCAGGACACCAUGAGGGCAGUGAGGGACCUUGCUAGGGGAACAGAGGGACAGCUGUCAGAUCCUGACCUACGGGGGCUUGAUGGAACAGCGGCAGCCAUACAAUGUGGGGGUCAAGGGCCUGGAUUCAAAUGUGAGGAGUUACUGUUACUCCUUUUAAGUAUCUGAGAUGGAUUCUGAGUGGAGAGAAAAAUGUAAGGAGAUGCAUAAAGGGAGCAUUGCUUUGUACUAAACACUGUUCUAUAUAAAUGAAUUUAAUUCUCACAAGCACCCCCCCCCCCCCAUGAAUUAGGUGCUAUUAUUAUUACCAUUUCACAAAUGAAGUUCAGAGAGGGAAAGUAGCUUGGCCAAGGUCACAUAGCCGGUUGGUAGCAGAAUUAGUAUUUGAAAGAUUUUUUUCUGACUCGAGUGUCUAUUUUCUGCUAUGCCUUUUUAUUAGCUGCUUACCAGGUAGGUGACCUUGGAUAAGUUAACUUGAUUUCUCUCCUCACUUUCCUCAUAGAGAGUGCUGCUUACUUAAGGGGAUGCCAUUAAUUAGUAUUAUUUUAUUGUUGUCUUUGUCCCUUACUGCUUCUCAACAGAAACUGAAGACUUUGAGGAAAGUGAAGGAAGGUCCUGGGGCACAGGUCAUUUAGAGAGGGUCAGGUAGUGGGGGAAAGGUAAAAGAAUAGGAUCCAGCCAGUGGUUCUCAACCAGGGACAUUUUUGUUACCAGAGUGGCCUGGAGGAGCUAUUGGGUUUUGGCGUUUUGGUAGGCAGGACCCAGGAGUGUUAACAGUGGGCAGUCACACCCCACUUGAGAACAUUCAGGAGAAACCCAUCUGGGAAGGAUGCUUUGAGGUUUAACUCCGAAGAGCAGCAGUGCUACUCGGAGAUUGGAGCAGCUUGAGCAAGUGCUGGACGUUUGGAAUGAACUUAGAGAUAUGUAGGGGCCUGGGAAGGACCAGACCCUGGUGGAAGCAAGGCUCCCUAGAGGGGAAGGUGGAGAGUCUGCAAAGGUAGGCUGGGGCCAACCCCCUUAAGGCCAGGCUAAGAGGUCUGGACACAGAGCCGGAGAGGUAGAGAGCUGUGGGGUUCUGGGUGAGGGGCAGGUUAUAUUUAGGAAGAUACUCGUGCAGCCAGGGAAGAGGUUAGGGAGGGUCUGGAGACUCGUUAGGGGAUUGAGGCCAAACACUGGCAAGAAACAGCCAUGAGCUGGACAGAGUUUGGGGUUGGAGUAAGUGGAAACACUAAGGAAACUCCCAGCAUGAAGAUGCAUGAAUGGAGAGUGGCUGGGGCUGGAUCUGGCAGGCACUGAUCUGGGAGGGAAUUCUGGGAGAGGUGGGCUGGUUUGGGACCCACGUCUGGUGUUUGGGACAUGGUGAUUAUGGUGGAUUUAAGGUGAUGAUAGGGAGGAGAGAGAUGUGAGGAGCCAGAGACACUGUUCGAAGUCAGGACUGAAGUACAGAUUUGGGAGUCAGUAAUCCACAUCUAUUGAGGGCCGUUCCUGUGGGGUGGCUGGUUGAAUUUGAAGUCCUAUUUGCGGAUACAUUGGUCAUGGGAGAGGAUGUGAAGUGCUACAAUCUUCAGAUAGCCUGGCCUUCUCUGCACAUAAGGGAGGAAGAACUGCUGGGAGAGAGGCCAGGAUACUAGGAGGCCAAGAGCUUCCUGGAGGCCUCACUAGUGCCAGGCUCCACAGAGAAAAGGCCCAGGGUCUGACUGCUUUCAGAGCAAGUGACUUCAAGACAGCAGCAGGGUGGAGGGCAGAGUCAGGCAGUGGAGCCACUGAGGAAAGGGGGUGGUAGGUGAAGGUGGCUGGUGAGUUGGAGGUUUUGGAGUUCAAGAUGAGAGGGGCAGAACUGGGGUUCUGAAGGCAGGUUAAGAGGGUGUAUUUGAGAGAGGCAGUGGUGAGGCUGAUGGAGGGGGGGAAACCAGAAAGGAGGUUCCUCUAUGAUCUAAGGGGUUCCCAAGUAACUAUCCUCAACUUAGGUACAAAGUAAUGGAUUUUUCCAGACUCAAUCCUCUGGCCUUUCUCUGCACACUCCCCAACCCCCCAGUUUAGGCUAUUUCCUCUGUUCUUCCUCAAGAAACACAGAAAAGAACAGGGAGCCCAUGUCCCGUAACUAUUCUGAUUCAUCUGGCUUUCCUACCCAGCCCUCCAGGCUCAGUGAUUUCCUGCGCCUUCAGUCUUCCCUUCCCCAGGAUACAGUUUGCUCCCAUUAGGUGACCUGACCAUAGAGUUUUUUCCUAUUUGGAAAAACCCAACGUGUGUGGGCUUUUCAGGAAGCUUGUAGACCACCCUGCACUCUGCUCCCCCUUCCUCCAUAAUCUUCUGCUACUCCCAUUCAGGCCAGACUUGCUCUUUAUUGACUGGUCAAGUUGAUCACCUGUCCUCCUGGGAAGUGGUGCCCUGAUCCCUCCCUCAUCAGCUCUCUGGUGUCUGAGUCCGUCACCAGAGUUAGAAAUCAGCACAAAAUGUUGAAAACUCUCUUCUCUAGGACUCCUCCUCCAAUUGGGCUCAUUCAAUUCUUAUUGGUCUUUUCCUCUGUUGAUUCUGCAGGUGGGGUUCCACUUAGGUAACUUUGCAGCAUGUGCUCUGGUAUCUUACUGUUUUGGAACCAUUUUGCUUCUGUUGCAUUGUGAUAUUCUAGAAUGGAGCUAGAGAUCACCUAGUACAGAAGUUUUAAAGAAUAUAUUUUUUAAAGCUUAUUUAUUUAUAUUGACAGAGCAAAUGGGGGAGAGGCAGAGAGAGAGGGAGAGAGAGAAUUCCAAUCAGGCUUCACACUGUCAGUGCAGAGCCCAACACAGGGCUCGAACUCACGGACUGUGAGAUCAUGACCUGAGUCGAAACCAAGUCAGACACUCAACCGACUGAGCCACCCAGGCGCCCCUCAAAGAAUAUUUUAAACUUUAGAUUCUUCAAUUCUGAAAAAACAUACACACAGCUAAAAGUAGAAGUGGCUUUUAUCAGCAAACUUGCUCACCCUUGCCCCAACCUUUGCCCACAGCAGCUUUGGAUGCUCCUGAGAACCCCUAGAGUCCCACAGAACACAUUUUGAAAGUCUGAUGCCUUAAUUUAUAGGUGAAAAAACGGCCCAAAGAGAUGAAGGGACUUGCCCAAGGUCACACAACAAGAACAAAAACUCAGGAUUUUCUCAGAUCCCUCCCAGUUCUAGCAUUCUAGGACUUGUUAACUUCUAGCUGAGCUGUCUCUCUGGUGUUCUUUUAUGUUCUGUGUUGAUCAUUCAUUUACUUAGCAGAUGUUUAUUGAGCACCAACUAUGCACUGAGUACACAGGCCCUCUGGACUAUUAGGUACCAGUCCUGGUAGUGAAUGGAAGCAAAAGCAGUCACUGUCUGCCCUCAUAGGGCUUUCAGUCUAGUGCCAGAGGUAGAAAAACUACAUCUGUGGCAAGUACCACGAAGAAGAUCAACGGUGUGAAAACGAGGACUUGUAAGUGGUUAUCAGUCCAUUUGAGCUGCUCAAACAAAUAUACCAUAGACUGGGUGGCUUAUAAGCAAUAGAAAUUUAUUUCUCUCGGUUCCAGAGGCUGGGAAAUCUAAGAUCAAGGUACUAGCAGACUUGAUGUGUAGUGAGGACGCAAUUCCUGGAUCAUGGGAUGACCAUUCUCACUGUGUCCUCACUUGGUGAAAGGAGAGAGGAGCUCUCGAGUCCCUUUUAUAGGGACACUAAUCCCAUUCAUGAGGGCUCUACCUUCAUGACCUAAUCACUUCUCAAAGGCCCCACCUCCAAAUACUAUGACAUUGGGGAUUAGGUUUCAACAUAUGAAUUUGGGGGGGACACAGACAUUCAGUCUGUAGUAGCAUGUGAGAUUUAACCUAGUUAGAAAGUAACCUGGAGGCCAGAGCUAAAAGUAAACUGGGAGAAUAGAGAACCGAAGUGUUCCAGGUGGAGGGAGCAGCAUAUGCAAAGCCCUGUGGCCGGAGGGAGCGAUGUUGGUGGGGGAACAAGCGAGGCUAGAGUGUAGUGUGGGAGGCGGGAAUGUGGGCAGACAGGCGGCUGGCUCCGUAUACCAGAUGAGGCUACAAGGGCUGUUAAAGAGUGCUGGGGCUUUAUUCGAGGAUUAGAUUGUUUCGAAAAGAUGUCUCCAGUUGUAAAAGGUAACUGAAUGCCCUGUCCCCAACCCUGUCUCAACUGACUUCCUUUCAUUCCACCUCCUGUCUGCUUUUCUGACUUCAGUCACAGGCUGCUUGGGGUGUUCUCAGCAGGUCUAGUUUCCACUUUUUGUGGCAUAUGCAUUUCAGCUGUAAGGUGUACAUGUGCAUUUGGUGUGUGAGUGUGUUGCUACUGUAUCAUUUAUUCAUUCAAUAAAUAUUAAGUUAUUAAGUGCUGCUAUGAGGCAGGUACUGUUCACUUGUCACUAUGGGCAACCAACAUGAUGAGUGAUAGUGUGUCUUUGUGUGUGAUGUUGGUGCAUUGUGUCAUUACGCAUGAGGGCUGUGUGUAAAUGUGUUGGCCGUAUGCUCAAAAUGACGGCCACCGUGGGUAACCAUGUAAGGCCCCUCUAGGUGUCAUUAUGUGUGCCUAUCAUUUUGGGUGUUUUGUCUAACUUGAUGUAAUAACAGCAGGUGUGGCUGACGUUGUGGGUGGUUCUGUGUGUUGCUGUAUGAUGUGAAUGUAGGACUGUGAUGUGUCUGUGUGUCUGGGAGUGCAGCUUGGAAGACCUUGUCUCCUGCAGUAAAUCUAGCGGAGAACAAGCUUCCUGAGACUGUUGGAGGCGCUCUCCACAGCCUCUGGGAUGAUUGGCGCAGGGAGUGGAGCCUCCCCCGCUGGCUGGAGCUGGAGGCAGAGGGGAGAGGAGGGCGCCUGGGCAGGCCUGGCUGGCCAGACAGGGCCAGAUUAAUAAAGCAGGACCUGGGAGAGGGCAGGCCAGGGCGGGUGGUUUUGGCAGGAGGCGGCUGAGAUGAAAGUGGUCCGACUGGCGGGCAGGCAGGUGGCCUCUCCCCUGCCCUGUCAGCACUUUUUAAUGUCCCCUCAGUUAGAACGUGUGGGAGGAGUGGGGUGAGGGAAGCUGGAGCUCACCUUUCCCAGGCCCUGGAGGAGGGGCUGGGGCAGCCAGGAGGUGGGGUGGGAGGAAUGCGGUUCUAGGUGUAGCUGAGAGCAAGAGUCCCAUGCCUCCUCUGUCCCCUCAGUGUGCCUGACCUCCAACUAUCCAGGGAGGCAGGACUAGGAAGCAAAUAGAGAAGCAGAAAACAGAGGGGGAAUGAAAGGGGUGACUGAGACUGCGCCCGCACGUAGGUGACUGUACUGUCAGAGUAAGCAUGCGAACCUGCCUAAACAGAUGAGAGGAAGGCUGAGGUCAUGAGAGUAUGUGAGCAGGACUCUGUGUGUGUGUGUGUGUGUGUGUGUGUGUGUGUGUGUGUGUCGCUCUGCUUAUGGGAAUUGAAAUCUUAAAACAGGAGGCUUGCUUCCUGGUGUGGCCUGUUGCUGGUGUGUGGCUUUGGAUAGGUCAUUUAUCCUCCCCGAGCUUCGUCCCUUCAUCUCUGAAGUAGGGAUGAGGGUACCUGUUCCACAGGAUGAUUGUUGGGCUUAAAUGGACUGAAAUAAAUGGUCAACUGUAAAUCUCUUUAUAAACGUGUGGUAUCAUUGUUAAUAAUUGCAUGUGGGGCGUGUUGGGUGACUGUGUGUGAUGGUGUGGGUGUGUCUAGGGGCCUGGAUGUCUGUGUGUAUCAGUUAUAGUGGGUGUCUGGGUGAGAGUAGUAAGCGUGAACUCUGUUUAUGAUGAGUUUGUUGCAAGAGUGAAUACACAGGUGUUAGAUGCAUGUUUGGUCCUUAUAAGCAAAAUAUAUGAAAAUAUCUGUAUGGAUCCAAGAGUGGUCAGUGUCUUUGUGUGACCAUGAAUGCAUGUGUUUGUCUGUGGGCAUCUGUAUCGUUGUGUGUGUCUGUUCACAAUAGAUGAUUUUGUGUCUCGAGGUGUAUCUGAGUUGCCCUGGCACCUGAGAUAGAUGUUUGUGUCUUGGAGAGUGUGCUGGCUAUGUGGGGGGGAUAUGCGGGGUGGGUUUAGUGGGUCUGUGCACCCUGUGUGCGUCUCUGAGUGUGUGUCCCAGUGUGAAUGUGGUUGAAUGUGCCUUUGUCUUGGUCGUGUGAGUGUGAUGGCGGUAUGUGGUGCCUUGGUGUGUGUGUGUGUGUGUGCGUGCAUGCGAGUGUGUGUUUGGUGAGCGGCUCUGCUGCCUUAAGCACCUUUCGAAUACAUUGGCCACAGCUCAUUGAAUCCUUUAACAAUCUGACUCUGCUCUUCCUUCCCCGUUUUUUCUAAUUCAGUUCCUCUUAUUACAAAAAUAAAAAAUAAAGCGCUGCCCCUUUCCAGUGGCUGGCCCCGCGGAGCCCCCGCCUCGGGACCAGCCUCGUUUCACUCCAUUUCGGAGAAAACGGGAAGUCGGUAAUUUUAAAAAAUAUUUUCUACUUUAUUUGGGAUUUAAUGUUCUUACAGAAUCCUGCUGCCUCCCUCUGUCCCCCCUCCCCAUCCACCCCCAGCCCCACAUGCAAGAGGCGUAAUGGCCCGUUCAGCAUAUUAGGGGAGCCAAGUGCGCGCCUGUGUGUGUAUGUAUGUGAGUGUGUACACACAUACACACUUGGAUAAAAACACACAGAGACCCACAGCAGACACACAUAGGAAUACACAGCAGUUCAAAUGUAUACUCAGACAUGAACUUGAACACCCUAGUACACAAACAUCACACAAAGACAGAGACCCAUCCCCAGACACUGUCGCACUCUAAAGGGAAACACAAAAGCAGGAGCACUGUCAGGGUGACCCUCUGGAGACAGCCAGACAGACUGAAAGAGGGGGAAGGACAGAGACGUAUUUCCAGUGAGAGACUGGAAGCAACUUUUAUGCCACAGAGGAACAUGAGUAGAGCAGUUCAGAGAACGAGAGGGGUUUGGUCGUCUCUGGGCCAGGCAUCGCCCCUUUUGUGCACGGGGACACCAUAUGGUCAAGAAGUGAUGACUCAAGGUCAUGCCGGGAGUCCAGACUAGGUGAGGGAUUGGAAAUAAGAACCUGUGCCACUUUCCUGUGCCCUGCUAUUGGGGUCCCAAGGCGGUAAACUCUGUAAGUGUGUGUACGUGUGUGCCUUUGAAAGAAAGAUGUGCUUUUCAACAGUACCAAUUUAAGUGCCAUACAUGUAUUAGGCUCAACAAAUGUUUACAGAGGCUGACAGCCGGAAUGUGGCUGUGUAUGUCUGUAAAUGUAUAUUUGAGAACUGUGUGUACACACACAUGGGAGCAUCUAUUGUGGUAUAUAAGCCUAUGUAAGUGAGGCUGUGUGGACAUGUCUGUGCAUAGACUGUAAGCCCAGUAGGGGCAGGAACUAUGUAUCCCCCUUGUAUGCCCAUCACCUAAGAAAGGGCUCGGCACGUAGUAAGUACCCAGUAUAUAUUCAUUCAAGAAUGAUGAAUGAACAGAAUCACUCUGGGAGCUCAGAUAGCUUAGGGAGGGCCUGACUACCAGUGGUAGACGUCGUGAACAAUCCAGCCUCUGGGAAGGACCUGGGAAGAGGGGAUAUUGUGCACCAUGGGGUGGUAGGGUGAAAAACUCUGGUCCUGAGGUGUGUGCUUUGUUCAGAAUGAUGAUUUCAAGAGUUUCAGACCAUUCCAUGGUGAAAAAAGGAAACGAGCUAUCCGUUUGUUAAAUAUGGGACAGGUGAGGGAUAGAACAGCAAUAGUGGGCAGAAACUCAAGAUGGAUGGAUGAACAGAGACAGAUAGACAUACUGACUGAACACACAAACUGAUUAAUAGAUUUAUUUAUAGACAGACCAAAAGACAAAUAGAGACACGGAUAAAUAGAUGUACAGGUAGGCACACAGACUGACGUGAAUAGUCAGGCAGGCAGACGAUCUCUAGGAGUGACUGACAGACCAACAGACAGGCAGACCAAUCGAUAGACAGAUAGAUGGACAGCUGAUUGCACAGAGAAGAUGGAUGUAUAGCUCAGAAUACAGAAUGGGCCUGUAGCCAUGCCCCAUAUCCCAUCUUCCUUCCUUGCUAAUAGAACCCAUGCUUUUGUUUGGUGUUUAGAGACCAAGUGCUUUGCAGGGGAGGGGUUGAACCCCUCCCUUGUCCCAGAGGUGAAUCUUAGUCCAGGAAAAUCAUGGUAAUUCCUUUCAACUUGCUGGGGAUUGAUUUAGGAAUGACAUGUUAUAAUUCUGAAACACUGAAAUGUGGGAAGAGGUCUCUUAAGGAGACUUUGGAGAAAUUUUAUCUCACUUAUAAAAGGGUCCAGGGAAGAGAAAUGCCCUCUUUUCUCCUAUUGGAUCUUGGAAUUCACUGUAUUAAAAUGCAACGUGCUGAGCAGCUGCAGCCUUUUUUAAAACCUUGAGGUUCCUCCAGAAUCAAGAGCUGACAUAACAAGGGUGGCAGAGAUGUGAAAAGAAUCUGGGUGUUCAAUGAUACCACUGAGUUACAUUAAUUUAGGAACCUCCCUGCGCCCAAACUUCUUGUUAUGCGAGAUAAUAUUUUUCUUAUCAUUUAAGCUGCUUUUGGUAGGGCCAUCUGUUACUUGCAGCCAAAUGCAUCUUAAUUGCUACACAAAUCAACUGACAAAUCAGACAAAUACUGGAGAAUUGAAGAGAUACCUAAGUGGAGAGACUAACCAAUAGAAAGACAUACAGCUAGAUGACCAAGAGACCAACAGUUAGACAAUAAACAGAUUCUUCAAACUGACACAGAGAUAGGCAAGAUGGUUUGUAGGUGGGUAUGAAGUAAAUACACAAAUGGACAGAGGUGAAUUAGACAAAUGAAAUAUGGACUGGAGCAUGGUGAGAUAAAUGGGAGGACUGGCAGAGACAUAUGUAGACAAACAGACCACAGACACCUCCAGAAAGUCUUCCCUGACCCACUCUGAUUGGGUGUUCCCAUGGCCAUGUGUAUAGAAUACCAUAUCAGCCCUCACCCACUGUAUGGUGAAAUUGGUUUCCUUAUCACUCUUCAUGGUAAGUUCCAGGUCACAAGUUCCUUGAGGAUAGGAAUCACAUCUUAGCCACCUUUAAUAUCCCCAGACUAGCACAGAGCUAAGCAUUCAGUAAGUGCUCAAUAGCAAUUUAUUUAUCAAAUGAAUGACUGAAUGAACAGCUGUAGAUGGGGGGGGGGGGGGAUGGAAGGAAGGGAGGAGAGGGAGGGAGGGAGAAAGGAAGAAAAAAAAGAAGGGAUAACUAGUCCGUCAGGGGACCAGGGGAGUGGUAGAGAUGACUUCACACAGAUGCAGGCAGUUGGUGGCCCUUGGGGUAUUCCUCCUGACUGUUAGAGCCUCCCUCCUCAUUGUUGCCCUUCAUCUCCUGCUGCCUAGUUAUUCUUUCGGAAGCAUUACUCUGAGCAAAUGCCCAUUGUUGAAGAUGACUCAGCAUGGCAUUCAGAGCUCUCCACUACAGGCCCCAAUUUACCCCUUCCAACUCCACUCCCACCCCUACAGGUCUUUCAAGACUGGUCACCUUCCUUGACAGGGCUGCAGUUUCCUGCUUCUCUACAAACCACAUUCCACUUCUUUUUUUUUUUUUUCAAGUUCAUUUAUUUAUUUUGAGAGAGAGAAGAGGGGAGGGGCAGAGAGAGAGGGGCUCUGUCAGCACAGAGCCCGAUGUAGUGACAUUAUGACCCAAGCCUAAGACAGACGCUUAACCGAUUGGGCUACCCAGGAGUCCCCACAUUCCACUACUUUUAAAGCUGUACUUAGAUGUUAUCUGUUCCAGGAAACCUUCCCUGGUUUCCCCUUCCCCACUCAGACCCACAUGCACCAAAUAUGCCCUUGUUUAUGUACACACUGACCUCCAACUACAAAUGUUGACACAAACACCAAGAAGUUCCACUGUCAUAUCUUAUGCUUUCUACCUGGGCUCUGGUCAGAGCCCAGGCUCCUCCAGGCUUAUGAACAGCUCAUCCCCAAGACCUUUCAUAUUCUCGGUUCCAUUCUGUCCAAGCAGGCCCUGGUAUAUCCUUUGGGUUACCUGUUUCCUCACCCUUCCUCAUUACUUUGCCCAGUGAUUCUUUCUUCCUCCACCUUGCUGUCCUACCUCCCUACUUCUUCCUUAACAUCAACAAGCUUCCUUGAGGACUUACUGUGUGCUGAGUAUGCUCCUCCCACCCCCAGGGCACAGAUCUGGAGCCAGGCUACCUGGGUUCUAAUUCUGGCUCCACCUCUUCCUAGCUGUAUGAUCUUAGGCAAAUUACUUAACUUCUCUGUCUCAUUUCCUCAUCUGCAAAAUGAGGUUAAUAAUGGUACCCACCUCACAGAAUUGUUGAAAGAAUUGAGUUGGUAUAGUAGGGUGCUUAGAAUAGUGCCUAGCAUAUAGUCAGUACUAUAGAUGUAAUAGUUAUUAUUCUGUUAUGCUUUGGCUCUGAGGGUUCUGGAUUAUCAAGUUUAGAGGAAGAGAACUGUCGGGUACUGAGUGGCCCCUGUGUGCAGAGGGUCUUAUAUGUGGCAUCUCAAUUAAAACAAAACAAAACAAAUCCUUAUUAGAAGGGGUCAUCACCGCAUCUGUUCCAUGGACAGGAAAAUGAAGCUUUAGGUAGCUGAUGUGACUUGCCCAAGGUCUCACCACCAACACAGAGAAGAUUCAGGAGUUGAAUUCAGAUUUACUUGACUCCAAAGCUGUGCCUUUUCCAAAACACCAUGCUGUUUCUUUGCUUUGAGGAUCAGACUAGGAAUUGAAGUUUGUACUCAAGGAUGUGAGGUCUGAGACUGCUGGUUCUGUGAGGGUCUACGUUAUCUUGGCUGGGAGCAAUUUAAGUACAAGUAAUCCAUUUUCAUAGUGGUCACAGUAUAUGACAGAGUACUAUAUCCUUGUUGCCAUAUAUCCCCGCUUUGUGCCUUCUGAAAUCAAUGCUCGGGCUUCACAGUAUGGUUUGGGGGUUUCUGGGGGGCAGUGGUCAGGGGAGUGCUGGAGGACAGCAGGAGUCACCAAAUUAAUGACCCACCUGGGGCCAGGAAGUCCAGGGCUACCUGGAAAUGAAUUAUCUGGUUAAGAAGCCAUGACCAGGUGGAUCAAUGGAGACAGAGGGUUUGUCACUUACUGCCCCGCAUUCAACGAGCUACACCACUGGGGCUGAGGUUCAUGGGGACUGCUGCCUUUCUCCUGUAGUGCCCCAGCCUCAGAUCACUGAAUCCUCAGGGAGCUCAGAGCCUAGUUGAGUCAUAAGCACUAAAAGCUUCUCCAAGAAGCAGAUUCUGAAAUCAAGAUUAAUGUGCAAGGUGCUGUCAGGAAGCUCGAGGGAUCAAAACCCGUGGGAGAAGAGGAAGGAAUCAGGAUUAGACAGAGCCGACCUUUUGUGGCACUCAAACUGGAAUGGCCCUUCAGCUUUUUCCAAACUUGAGGCCAGAGGGCUCAGCUCUUAUGCCGCCACAUUGAUAGUCAGAGGGUGGGUAGCCCUAAGAAGCAGGCAUGACCUUGGGCUAGGCAGCUGUCUUCAGCUGAGGCCAUUCUCCAGCAGGAGCUGACGGGACUGUCUGAUAGCACUCCCAGCAACUAGGGAAAGUUCCUCAUUGAAGGGGAUCUGGAUGGUACAUGACAGUGUCCAUCAUGGGUGCCUACCCAACUGGGAAGGGUGAAGCACUCAAGAAAGCCUUCCUGUAUGAGACAAUACAUGAGCCUUUAGGAGAAUAAGUAGGGGGAAAAACUAGGAAGGGGGUGUGUAGGGAAAAGGGGAGUUUCUGGUAUAAAGAAUAGUAUUGCUAAAACCCAAAGACAAUGCUGAAUGUAGAAGUAGGCAGAGCUCAGAUCUGAAGGUCUGCAUUGCUAUGCUAAAGAAUUUGAGUUUUUGUAUUAAGAGGAUGGGGAGCCCUUAAGGAUUUUAGGGCAAUGUGUGAAGAUUUGUUUGCAUUUUAGAAUAAUCUUGGCACUGUCCUUUACUAGCCGUGUUACUAACAAGUGACUUAACUUCUCUGUGCCUCAAGUCCCUUGUCUGUAAGAUGGGGAUAAUAAUUGUGCCUGCUGGUUAGAGUUGUAAGGAUGAUGUGAGACGGUGGGGGUGAGGCUGGCAUGUGGCAAGCCUCAGGGAAGAUGAACUACAGGCCAGCCUGGGCUGGGUGGAGACCAGUGGAAGCUGCAUUGUGACAGCUUCUGCAGGUAUUCAAGAAACCUAUGGUGAGGGCAUAGCUAAGACAGAUGCAGCAGAGGUGGGGAAGAAGAGGCCAGUUUAAAAGUUUUUAAGAGGCGGGGCGCCUGGGUAGCUCAGUUGAUUGAACAUCAGACUCUUGAUUUUGGCUCUGGUCAUGAUCCCAGGAUCGUGGGAUCAAGCCCCGUAUUGGGCUCUGCACUGAGUGUGGAGCCUGCUUGCGAUCCAUUCUCUCUCUCUCUCUCUCUCUCUCUCUCUCUCUCUCUCACUCUCUCACUCUCUCACUCUCUCACUGUCUCUUGCUCUCUCUCCCUCUCACUCCCUGUCUGCUCCUCUCCCCUGCUUGCAUUCUCUCUCUUGCUAAAAAACAAAAUUAAAUUUAAAAAUAUAAAUAUAUAAAAGCUUUUAAGAGGCCAAAUUCACAGGAUUUAGUGAUGGUGUGGAUGAAAGAGGUGAUGAAAAAGAUGGCAUUCACAGUGACUCCCAGGCUUCUGGUUUGGGUGACUACUUCUGGGAGCACACAAAUGGAUUUGGUAUGGGGGAGGUGUUGAAAUUAAGAUUCUUGAGGAAUCCAGCUGGAGGGGCUAGUCAGUUAUUCAGAACUGAGCUCUGAGAAAGGCUGGAUGGGAAAAAAUGUGUGGGGAUCGUUUGUGUAAAGGUCAGUGGACCCAUGGGCCUGGAUUAAGCCACCUAGUGAGUAAAUAAAGGGAAGAGUUGGCUGCAGGUGGAACUGACAAGUGUGAGAUGGAAGAUAAAAGAGAUCCAAGAGAAACAGGGUGGGGCGAGGACAAGGAGAUGCUGCUGUCAUGAAAGCCCAGGAGGAAGGAGACCCAAAAGGGCCUCAGCCAACACAGCUCAGUGUCACAGAGACAGCAACAAAGAUAAAAGUGGCAGAGUCUAUUGAAGAGGACAAGGGGUUUCUGAUUGAACUUGAGGACAGCAUUUCAUCAAAGUGGUGGGUGGAAGGCAAGUUGUGAUGGCUUGAAGCAUAAAGAUGAAGCUGAGGGUUGUACAACUCUGAAUGGACAAACAUGUAGAUAGAUUGCCAGGGGUCAGGGCCGAGCCAGUCCAAAUGCAAUCUUUCCAGACCUUUGCUUGUGCCCCUUCUCUCAUGUUUCUCAUCACAGGCUGUCUAUAGAUAUCGUAGUUCUCCCUAUCCCUGCCUGCCUCCCCUACCAGAUUGUAAGCUCCUUCGUGGUGGGAUCCUCAUCCAUGUUUGGGUCCUUCCCGCAACCAGAGGUGGUGCCAAUUGGAUCUGCAGGUGAUCAGCAAGUGCUCAUGAAUAAAUGAUCUGAGAUGAGACCAUGCAAGUUUCCUGGUUUGCAGACUGGUCAGUUAGCAAGGAAGUAGCGAAACUAUGUUCUGGAAGAAGAUAUGUGGUGGGAGAAGGGAUGGCUGAGAAUUAUGGGGUGUGAAUCAAGGCACUUAGGGAAAAAUAAAUACAACUGACUUUUUAAAAUUUAAGUGAACUCUACUCCCAGUGUGGGGCUUGAACUCAUCACUCCAAGAUCAAGAGCCACAUGCACUACUGACCGAGUCAGCCAGGUGUCCCUAAAUACAACUGACCUUUGAGCAGAAGUUCUUAACCAUUUUUGAUCCUGGACCCCAUAGAGAUGCCAAUGUAAAUAAUGAACACUUGCUCCAGGAAAAACACAUGUCAGGAACUCCUAUCCAGUCUGCACAUGAUUUUGGCAGUUUCACAGGCUCCUGAGGCCCAUCUACACACCUAGCCAGUGGUCCGUGGGUUACAAGUCAAGAAUGUGCUUCCAGAAUGGAAUAUUUACCAGCCCUGUGACCCGGAGUACAUCAUGUAGCCACUCUGGACCUCAGUUUCUUUAUCUGUAAGGUGAGGAGUUAUGAGGUGAAGGUGAAAAGUGUAAAGAAACGCACAACUUUGUAAGUCAAAAUACCACAAAUAUUCUACCUUCUUAGUGGGUAGAAUUAUCCCAUUUUGAAAAUAGGAAAAUGGAAAUUCAGUUCAAGAAAUUUGACCAAAUGUACACACGAGUAGGCAAAGGAGCUAGAUUCUAUCCAGGUUUGUCCAGGUCCAAAUCCUGGGCUCUCUCCCAUAGACAGUGCUGCCUACCAGGUAUAACAUCAUCAAUGUCUCUCUGCCCAGCCCUGGCACGGUUAACACACUAACAUGCAUGAAAAGGAUUUGGAAACUGGACACCAUUUACGGAAAUGCCACAUUAGUAUCAGCAUUGUUGAUCACCUCAUAUCUUAAAAUGUCUUCCUUGGCAUCUGUUAUGUUGCUCCCCCGAACCUCAGAUCCCUUUUUCCUUGCUUCUGUCACCUGCUCCUCUUUUUCCUCUGUCUCCUGGGGGUAGGUAUUCUCUAGUCUCACCUCUUGCUUUCUGUUUCUUUCCUCUCUAAACCCCCUCAUGUUAUAACUUCAGCUCUGACCUCUAAGCAGGUCACUCUGAAAUCUGUACUCCAGUCCAAAGCCUUAUUUCAACCACCUGCUGGGAGUUUGUCACCUAAAUCAGUGGUCUCAGAUUUUGUUGUGCAUCGGAAUCACCUGGAGUAUUUGUUUAAAAAUGGGUUGCUGGGCCCCACUUGCAUAGUUUCAGAUUCAGUAGGCUUGGGGGGGAGCCAAAGAAUAUUUUUUACAGCAUUAUACAAGGUAUAAUUGACAUAUAAUAAACUGCACAUAUUUAAAGUGAAUAAUUUGAUAAGUUUUGACAUGAAUACAAUCAUGAAACCACCGCAAUCAAGAUAAUGAACAUAUCCUACCCCCCAAAGUCUCCUUGUUUCUUUUAUAAUCCCUCUUUCCCUCCCCUCAACCUCCUCUCCCACCCCCAGGUAAACUUUAACUUGUUUGUGUCACUACAGAUUAGUUUGCAUUUCCUAGAAUUUUAUGUAAAUGGAAUCACAAAAAUGUACUCUAUUGUUUCUGGCUUGUUUCACUUAGCAUAAUUAUUUUGAGAUUCACCCAUGUUGUUGCAUGUAUCAAUAGCUCAUUCCUUUUUAUUACUGAGUAGUAGUCCAUCAUAUAAAUAUACAAUAGUUUGUUUCUCCAUUCACUAGUUAAUGGACAUUUGAGUUUCCAGUUUGGGGCUAUUACAAAUAAAGGUACCAAGAACAUUUGCAUAAAAAUCUUUGUGCUCUUAUUUCUCUUGAAAGUAGAAUGGCUAGGUCAUAUGGUAAAUGUAUAUUUAACUUUUUAAGGAACUGCCAGAUUGUUUUUCAGAUUGGUUGUACUAUUAUACACAGCCACCAGCAGUGUAUAAGAAUUCCAACUGCUCUAUAUCUUUGCCAGUAUCUGGUAUGAUCAGUCUCCCCCCAGCCUUUUUAAUCUUAGCCAUUCCAGGGGCAUCUGGGUGGCUCAGUCCAUUAAGCAUCCAACUUCAGCUCAGGUCAUGAUCUCCCGGUUCGUGAGUUCAAGCCCCACGUUGUGCUCGGUGCUGACAGCUCAGAGCCUGGAGCCUGCUUCAGAUUCUGUCUCCCUCUCUCUCUGCCCCUCCCCCACUCACACUCUGUCUCUCUCUCUCUCUCUCUCUCUCUCUCUCUCUCUCAAAAAUAAAUAAACAUUUAAAAAAUCUUAUUAAAAAAAAUCUUAGCCAUUCCAGUGGGUAUGUGGGUAUGUCGAGGGUAUAUAAUGUAGUGGAUUUAAUUUGUAUUUCCUUAAUAACAUGAUGUUGAGCAGCUUUUCAGGGUGCUUAUUUGCUAUCCAAAUAUCUUCUCGGGUUUAGUGUUUGUUCAAAUCUUUUGCUUAUUUUGAAGAUAAGAUGGUUGUCUUUUUACUAUUGAGCUGUAAGUGUUCUUUAUUUAUUCCAGGACAGAUGUGCUUUGUUGGAUAUUUGCUUUGCAAAUAAUUUCUCCCAGUAUAUGACUUACUUUUUCAUUUGUUAAACAGUAUCUUUUGAAGAGCAAACAUUUUUAACUUGAUGAAGUCAAAUUUGUUAUUUUACUUAUUUAUUUAUUUACUUACUUACUUACUUAAAGUAAUCUCUACACUUAAUGUGGGACUUGAACUUAUGACCCUGAGAUCAAGAGUCGCAUACUCUUCAGACUCAGCCAGCCAGGCGCCCCUUGAUUUUUUUUUUUUUAAUACUUUGCACUUUUACGGUCAUAUUUAGAAAUCUUUGCCAAACCCAAGGUCUCCAAAAUUUUCUCUGUGUUUUCUUAUAGAAGUUUUAUGGUUUUAGCUCUCGUAUUAGGUCUAUGAUCCUUUCCAAGUUAAUUUUUGUAUAUGGUGUGAGGUAAGAAUUGAGGUUCUUUUUUUUUUUCUUCUUGCAUAUGGCUAUUCAAUUAUUCCAGCAUCAUUCAUUGAAAAGAUUCUCCUUUCCCCAUUGAAUUGCCAUGGUACUUUUUUCAAAAAUCAAUUGAUCAUUUAUGCAUGGGUUUAUUUCUGGACUCUGUAUUCUGCUCCACUGAACUGUUGUCUAUAUUUAUACCGGCACCAUGCUAUAUUGCUGCAUCUUUAUAAGUCUUAAAAUCAGGUAGUGUAAGCCUUUCAACUUUGUUCUUUUUCAAAAUUGUUUUGGCUAUUCUAUUGUAUUUCCAUAUGCAUUUUAGAAUUCAUUUGUCAGUGUCUAAAAAUAAACAGCCUACUGGGAUUUUAAGAUUGCAUUUAAUCUAUAGAUCAAUUUGGGGAGUAUUGACAUCUUAACAAUAUUGCAUUUUCCAAUGCAUGGGCAUAAUAUUUCUUUGUUUACUUGGGUUUUCUUUAAUUUCUCUCAGCAGUGUUGUUUAGUUUUCAGAGUAUGAGUCUUGCAUAUCUUUGGUCAAAUUAAUCUCAACAAGUGUUUAAUAUUUUUUGAUGUUGUUGUAAAUGGCAUGUUUUAAAAUGUUAUUUCCUAUAGUUUAUUGCUAGUAUAUAAAAAUACCGUAUGUGUUACUGUACUAACAGAUAGUUAGGCCCCAACCCUACAGUUUCUGAUUCUGUAGGUCUGGCAUGUGGUCCCAGAAUUUGCAUUUCUAAUAAGUUCCCAGGUGAUGCCUAUGCUGUUUGGGGCACACAUUUUGAGAACCACUGGCAUAAGUGUUCUGCCUAAAUCUCUUGUUUCAAACUAAAAUCAUCACCUGGACCCAAAUAAACUCUUCCUCAGAUUUUUCCUCUUUCCAGAAAUGGCCCCAUCAUCCAAUUCCAUGUCUAUUGGUCAAGUGACUGAGUUUCCCAUUGCAAAAUCAAUCCACAGAAUCACAUCCAAUCAGCCGCCACUCUAAUAAUAUACUCCUGAAAUAUGUCUCCCCUCUGUCCCCUUCACUUUCCAUCUCAUAUCUUCAUCCCUUUCCUGCUUGACCAGUGAAAUCACCUACUUACUAAUCUCUCUGCCUCUAGUUUCUUUCUACUACAAUAUAGUCUUCACAGUUCCAGGCUAAUCUUUCUAGUCAGCAGCUUGGAUUGUGCCAGUCUCCUGUUAAACAAUCCCCCACGGGGCUCUCACUGCCAGAUUAAUUACAUCUAAACUCUUUACUCUGGUGUAAGGGUUUAGUAAGAGACUUCCAGUUGUCUGUAUACUUUCAUCUUUAGUAAUAGAACUUAUAUCUUAUCCAGGGGAGCAAUCUGCCCAGAGGUUUCAGUUUAUUUUUCUCAGCAGAUAAAUGGUAUGUUUUUCUCUCACAGAUAAAUGGCCAUGUGACUAAGUUCAGGCCAAUAAGAUAUUAAUACAGGUUGUUGGGUGCCACUUCCUGAAGGUUCCAUAAAGGUGCCAUAAAGAAGGCAGAUAGCUGGGUAGAUUGCCUCUCUUCCCUUCCUUUCUCUCCAUGUCUGGAAUGCUGGAGCUCCAGCAGCAAUCUUGGACCAUGGUCCAAUCUUGGACCAACUUGAAAGAUGGAAGCACUUGCUAAGGAUAUAAGGAGCCUGGGUCUCUGAUGACAGUAGAGCUGCCAAACCAACCCCAGAUCACCAAACUCUGAAGUUAUUUUACUUAGAGAAAAAUAAACCUUUAUGUGUUUAAGCUAAUGUAAUUUGGGUGCUUGCAGUCAACCCUAACCCUGACUGAUACACCUGAUAUUCAAAGCUCUCCAAAUAAUUAGCCACCUCUGACUCUAUCCACCACCCCCCCACACACAAAUACAUUAUGUUCUAGCCAAACCAUACUAUUUUCUGUUUUCUAAGGACAACUUGUACCUUCUUUUCUCUUUUCCUAUGCUCAUCUCUUGCACUUCUUCCAUGUUUACCUAUUGAAGUCAAGUUCAGAUGCACUCUUCUUAUGAAUUCCUCCCUGUUCUUCUAUCCAAAUAUGAUUUCUCUGUCUUCCGAGCUCUCAGAGUAUUCCGAUCAUAUCUUUCUUGGCACAUAGUCUGCCCCAAAUGAUCAUUACUUAGAUGCCUCUCCUGCUGGAUUGUAAGUUCCUUCAUGUUGCCAACCACAGGGUUAUUGUUCAACAAAGAUUUGCUAAAGGAAUUCAUGAAUAAAUAAGGGAAUGAAUGAGUGAAAACAAAUAGUAAACAUCUGCUCCCCCCUCAUCAUGUGCAACAUCCAUCUCAACACUUUCAAAGAGACCACAUGAAGUUAAAAAGAUUCCCACAGUUGAUAAGAAGAGAGAGGCAGUGGGCACAGAGUAAGCCAAAAGACCUGCUCUGUCUGGAGAGGACUAAGGCUAAGGACUAGGCUAUAAUAACAAAUUAUUAUACCUAGCCUAGCCUGCCUUGUAACAACAACAAGAGCAGCAGCAACAACAGCAACAACUAAUAUUUACUAAGCAUUUGCUAUGUGAUGACAUCCUGCAAAAUGAUAUACAUGCACUAUUUUAUUUAAUUUAAUCCAUCAACAGCCUAUGAUAUUGGUGCUAAUAUUUCCCCUGUUUUUGUUUUCUUUUUUCUUUCUUUCUUUCUUUUUUUUUUAAGUAGGCUCUGUGCCCAGCAUGGAGCCUAAUGUGGGGCUUGAACUCAUAACACUGAGACCAAGACCUGAGUUGAUAUCAAGAGUUGGACGCUCAACUGACUGAGCCCCUCAGGCACCCCUUUCCCCUGUUUUACAAGUGAAAAGACAGUAUCAGAGAGGUUAACUCACUUACCCAGGGUCACAGAGCUUGGAUGUAGCAGAGCUGGAAUUGGGACUCAGUCCUGAUUCUAAGCCAUGCUGUUAACAAUGAGCCAGACUAUAUGAGACGUGGCUGUCUGUCUCACCAAAUGGUGAGGUCCUGGCAUACAGGAGCUAUAAUCUAUAUAUUAUGCUCCCCCUGAAGUGCCUACACAGUACCUGGGUCCUGAAGACCCAGCAAGUGGGUGGGUUUCAAAAUCAUCAAAGAAGUUCUAUCCUAGAAAGAUAGCAUAGAAUAGGUGGAAUAGACAUACUUUCCUUUAUUCUUUCCAAUAAGCACAACUAAAAUUCUUGGAUGUUGUACAUAAAGCAAACAUAAGAGUCUGAAAGGUGGAGAGAAGAAGGCAGAUCAGCUAGGGACCUUGGAAUCCAAGGAACAACAUAUUAAGUUCUCUGAGUUUUCUUUUUGUCCCACCUCAUCUAUCUUAGACAUGGAGCUGAGGAAGCUGGCCACCCAGAAACACCAAUAAGCACACACAUACCAAAAAAAUCCUAAUGAAAGCUGCUCUGUCUAGUCAAACAAGCAGGAAAAGGGCAACUAAGUGAGACAGCUUUUAGACAAUAACUGAUCUACUUCAGCCAAAUUCCACAGAAAAAAAUCUGUGGCCCCACUCUCACCCUUGCCAGCAAAGAUGAGUGCUGACCCUAGACUUCUAAGUACGCUGUAAUGAGGCAUUCCAACCACUGGCAGGAUGGUGUCAGAGAAGGCCAAGUAGAGAGUGUGAACACUUGUACUCGCCAGAGGUAACAAGCUCCCCACCCCACCCCACGUGUCAGUGGAGAUCACAUGAGGAUCCUGGACUUCAGCUGCCACCCAGCAGUUAUGAGGUGACCCUCCUUUACUUUAGAGUGGUGUUGGAGGAGGCCUAGUACAGUUUAAGGACUUUCAUUCCUUCCAUGGUGUCAGUGAAAGCUAUGUGGAUAGCAGUAACAAAGCACUCCUAACCCCUCUCAGCCAGGGAGGUAUCAGAGAAGGCCUAGUGGAGAGGUGGAGAUUUUACCUCCACCCAGCAGUAAUAAGGAGAAAGGCCAAGUGGGGAACCUGGAUUUCUACCCAACCUUGCACUAACAAUGAGAUGUUCUCCCUAUGCCUCUGCUAGAGGAGUGCCAGUGGAAGUCAGCUAAAACAGAGGUUUAAAUAAAAUCAAGAGUCUUAUAAUACCCCAAAUUCCCAGUUUCAAUAAAAAAAUCACUUAUCAUACCAAGAACAAGGAAGAUCUCAAACUGAAUGAAAAAAAAAAAAAAAAGAAAGAAAGAAAUAGAUGCCAACACUGAGUUGUCAAAAAUGUUAGAAUUUUCAGAACAAGAUUUUGAAACAACAUCACAAAAAAUGCUUUAAUGAACAAUUAUGAACACACUUGAAACGAAAAAACAAAAAGUCUUAGCAAAGAUAUAGAAAGUCUUAGCAGAAAUAGAAAGUCUUAGCAAAGAAAUAGAAAUAUAAAGAACCAAAAGAAAUCUUGGAAUUCUAAAAUAUCAUAACAGAACUAAAGACCUCAAUGAAUGGGCUUGAAAGCAGAAUAGAGAAGAACAGAGGAAGAUAAAACAGUAGAAGUUACCCAAUCUGAACAACAAAGAGAAAAAAAAAUACCAAAAAUAAACUGUAGGACUAUAACAAAAGAUCUAACAUUUUUGUCAUUGGAGUCUCAGAAGGAGAAUAGAGAGUAGGACUGAACAAGCAUUCAAAGAUGGCAGAAACUCUCCAGAAUUUGGCAAAAGAUGUAAACAUACAGAUUCAAGUAGUUGAGUGAAUUCCAAACAGGAUAAACCUAAAGAAGCUCACACCAAGACACAUUAUAGUCAAAAUUCUAAACACUGAAGACAAAGAAAACUCUUGAAAGUAAUGAGAGAGAAGUGACACCUUACCUGGAGGAGAACCCAGUUCAAAUGCAGUGGGUUUUUCAUCAGAAACCAUGAAGACAAGAAAGAAGUGGCACAACUUUUUCAAGUGCUAAAAGAAAAGAACUCUGAAUCCAGAGUAUCCAGUGGAAAUAUCCUUCAGAAAUGAAAGGAAAAACAAGACAUCAGCAGAUAAAGGAAAACUAAGAGAAUGUGUUACUAGCAGACUUACCCUAAAAGAAUGGCUAAAGAAAAUUCUCUAAACACAAAGGAAUUGAUAAAAGAAGAAACCUUGAAACACCAGAAAGGAAUAAAAAACAUGGUAAGCAAAAAUAUGCAUAAACACAGUAGAUUUUCCUUCUCUUCUUGAGUUUUGUAACUUAUGUUUGACUGUUGAAACAAAAAUUGCAUAUGCAUAGAACGGAAAUGUUUUACAUGAUUAUAUUAUAAAUGGGCAAAGAUAAAGGGAUGUAAAAUGAGAUAAGAGGUGUACACUUCACUGAAACUAGUAAAAUGAUGACACUUGUAGACUGUGAUAGUUUUGCAUAUUUAAUGUAAUACCUAAAGAUGCCAUUUAAAAAAAGAGUUACACUCAAAAACACUAUAGAGAAAUAAAAACAGAAUUCCUUUCUUUUUAAAGCUCUACAUUUAGUGUGGGACUUGAACUCAUGACCCCAAGAUCAAAAGUCUAAAAGCAGAAUCCAAAGGGUGCAUGGGUGGCUCAGUCAGUUGGGCAUCUGACUUCGGCUCAGGUCAUGAUCUCACAGUUUGUGGGUUCAAGACCCAUGUCAGUCUCUGAGCUCUCAGAUCCUGCUUUGGAUUCUGUGUUUCCCUCUAUCUCUGCCCCUUCCCCCACUUGUGUUUCUCUAUCUCUUGAAAAUAAAUAAACAUUAAAACAAAUUUAAAGCGGAAUUCUAAAAAGUGUUCCAGUAACCACAAAAAGGCAGGGAAAAGAAAAUGGAAAUGAAAAACAGAACAAAUAGAAAACAAAAAAUAAGAGAUCAGACUCUAAUAGAUCAAUAAUUACAUUAACUAUAAAUGGUAUAAAUACACAAAUUAGAAGACACAUUGGCAGAAUGAUUAAAAAUCAUAACCUAAAUACAUAUGUGUGUAUAUGUAUAUACAUAUGUAUAUAUGUAUAUGUGUAUACACACACACACACACAAAUAUAUAGAGAGAAACAGCAAGUGAGAGUGUGUGGAGGGGUGGAGAAAGCAAAAGAUGGAAAAAGAUAUAUCAUGAAAACAUUAAAAGAAGAAUUCCAUGUGUGUAUCAGUCCACAUGCCAUAUUAGUAACAGAUAAAGCAGACUUCAGAGUAAAUAAAAUUACUAGAGACAGAGAGGGAUAUGAUAUAAUGAUUAAAAGAUCAACUCAUCAAGAAGAUAGAUAUACAGUUCUACUUGUGUAGCACUGUAGCACCAAGCAACAGAACUGCAAAAUAUGUAAAUCAAAACCUGAUAGAACUGAAAGGAGAAACAGACAAAUACACAAUUAUAGUUGAAGAUUUCAACACCCCUCUCAAAAACUGAUAGGAUAACUAGAUAGAACUAAAUACCACCAUCAACCAACAGGAUCUGAUUGACAUGUACAUAACACUCCAACAACAGCAGAAUGCAUAUUAUUUUCAAGUGUACAUGGGACAUACACCAAGAUAGACCAUAUCCUGAGCCAUAAGACAAACCUCAACAAAUUUAAAAGAACUGAAAUAAUACAUGGUACAUUCAUUGACUACAAUUUUUUAAAAGAAUUUGUAACAUAAAAAUAACAAUAAACUCUUCAGGCACUCGGAAGCAAAACAACACACUUGUAAAUAAUCCAUGAGUCAAAGGGAGUCUCAAGGGAAAUUUUUAAAAAUAAAUUGAACUGAAUGAAAAUACAACAUAUCAAAAUUUGUGGGCCACAGUUAAAGCAGUGCUGACAGGCAAAUGUAUACACUAAAAUCUUGCAUCAGAAAAUAGGAAAAGUCUUGACAUUAUAAACUCCUACAUCAGGUAUUUAGAAAAAGAAAAGCAAAAUAAACACAAAGCAUGCAGAAGAAGAAAAUAAUAAAGAGAAAAGAAGAAAUCAAUAAUUUUUAAACAGAAAAAUAGAGAAAAUCCAUGAAACAAAGAUUUGGUUCUUUGAAAGUAUCAAUACAAUUGAUAAGCCUUUAGCAAGACCAACAAAAGAAAAAGAGAGAAGAUACAAAUUACCAAUUUCAGGAGUGAAACAGGCAAUAUCACUACAGGCCCUGCAAACAUCAACUGGAUAAGUGAAUAGUAUGAACAACCUUAAACACACUGAAAAACACAAACUACCACAACUCACACAAUAUGAAAUUGGUCAUUUUAAUAAUUUUCUAACAAGGAAGUGGAAUUAAUCAUUUUUAAAUUCCUAUAAAGGAUAUAUCCAGGCCCAGACAGUUUUACUAGAGAAUUCUACCAAAUAUUUAAAGAAAAAACAACAGAGCUACACAUUCUCUUCCAGAAAAUGGGAAAGGAAGUAACACUUCCCAAUUAAUUUUAUGAAGCUAAUAUUACUUGGAUAUCACUAGACAAAGACAGUACCAAAAAGAGAAAACUACACACCAAUAUUCCUCAUGAAUAUAGAUGCAAAAAUCCUUAAGAAAAUACUAGCAUACUAAAUCCAGCAAUAUGUGAAAAGAAUUAUACACUAUGACCAACUGGUGUUUAUUCUAGUCAUGAAAGUCUGGUUCAAUUAAUUAAAAACUAACCAAUGCAUUCUACUCUAUGCACAGGCUAAAGGACAAUCACAUGAACAUAUUGGUUGAUGCAGAAAAAAUAUUUGACAAAAUUCAACACCCAUUCAUGAUAAAAACUCUGAAAAAUAGGAGGAGAGAGGGAGAGGAACCAAAAAAAACAACAACAACAAAAAAAAAAAACCCAAAACUCUGAAAAAUAGGAAUAGAGGGGAACUUUCUCAAUUUGAUAAAGAGAAUUCUUAAAAAUCCUAGAGGUAAAAUUACAAUAAGUGGUGAAAGACUGAAUGUUUUACCCUAAGACCAGGAACAAGACAAAGAUGUUCACUCUCGCCACCAAUUCAGUGUAGUGCGUGAAGUUCUAGCUACAGCAAUAAGGCAAGAAAAGGAAAUAAGAGCUAUACAUAUCAGAAAGGAAGACAUUGCUGUCUACUUAGGAAAUCCCAAGAAAUGUUAAAAAACAAAAAAAGCAAACGACCUCACAAAAAAACAAAAAACAAAAACCUUUUAGAACUAAUGCAUGAGUUUACCAAAGUUGAAGAAUGCAAGAUAAAUUCUACAAAAAUCAAUUGUAUUUCUAUACUCUAGCAAUGCAUAUAUGGACACUGAAAUUAAAAAUAAAAAUUUAUUCAUUAUUUAUUUACUUAGAGUGGGGGAGAGGGGCAGAGGGAGAGAGAGAAUCUUUUUUUAUUUAAAAUAAAAAAUUUUUAAUGUUUUUUAAUUUAUUUUUGAGAGAAAGAUCACAAGCAGGGGAGGGCCACAGAGAGAGCCACACACAGAAACUGAAACAGGCUCCAGCUCUGAGCUGUCAACACAGAGCCUGAUGUGGAGCUCAAACUGCGAGAUCAUGACCUGAGCCAAAGUUAGACACUUAACUGACUGAGCCACCUAGGUGCUGAGAGAGAGAGAGAGAGAGAGAGAGAGAGGGCGGGGGGGAGGGGGAGAGGGAAAGUGAGAGAGAGAACCUUCAGCAGGUCCCACGCUCAGCAUGGAGCCCGAUGGGAGCUUGAUCCCAUGAUCCUAGGAUCAUGACCUAAGCCAAAAUCAAGAGUCAGAUGCUCAACUGACUGAGUCACCCAGGUGCCCCUAAAAUACCAUUUAUAAUUGCUCAAAAAUAAAAUGAAAUACUCAGGUGUAAAUCUAACAAAAUGUGGGCAGGAAUGGUAUCCUGAAACUACAAAGUGCUGAUGAAAGAAAUUUAAAAAUAUUUUUUAAUGGAGAGACAAACCAUAUUCACAAGUUGGAAGACUAAAGAUGUCAGUUCUCAAAUUGACAUAUAGGUUUAACACAAUUCUUAUGAAAAUCCAGGCAAGAUGGUGGUUUUUUGUUUUUGUUUUUGUUUUUGUAAAUAUAGGCAAGAUUAUUCUAAAGUUGUAUGAAAAGUCAGAGGAGCUAAAAUAGCUAAAACAUUUUGAAAAAGAAGAAUAAAGUGGGAGGAGUGCAUCUGUGGAAUUUCAAGUUUUAUUAUGUAGCUACAAUAAUCAAAACUAUUAAGUUUGUCAACUUCCACAUAUGAGUGAAAACAUGUGAUAUCUAUCUUUCUCUGACUGACUUAUUUUACUUAGCAUAAUACCCUCCAGUUCCAUCCAUCUUGUUGCAAAUGGCAAUAUUUCAUUCUUUCUCAUUGCCAAAUAGUAGUCCAUUGUAUAUAUAAACCACAUCUUCUUUAUCCACUCAUCAGUAGAUGGACAUUUUGGCUCUUUCCAUAAUUUAGCUAUUGUUGAUAGUGUUGCUAUAAACAUUGGUGUACAUGUGCCCCUAUAAAUCAGCAUCCUGUAUCCUUUGGAUAAAUUCCUAGUAGUGCUAUUGCUGGGUUGUAGGGUAAUUCUAUUUUUAAUUUUUUGAGGAACCUCCACACUUAACAGAAGACCAUGGAGGAAGGGAAAGGGAAAAAUAGUUUCAAACAGAGAGGGAGGCAAACCAUAAGAGACUCUUAAAUACAGAGAACAAACUGAGGGUUACUGGGGGGGUUGGGGUAGGGGGUAGGGGAAAAUGUGUGGUGGGCAUUGAGGAGAGCACUUGGGAUGAGCACUAGGUGUUGUAUGUAAGCGAUGAAUCAUGGGAAUCUACUCCUUAAGCCAAGAGCACACGGUGUGUUAGCUAACUUGACAAUAAAUUAUAUUAAAAGAAUAACCAAAACUAUAUGGUAUUGAUAGAGGUAUGGACACAUAGAUCAAUGGAACAGAAUAAAGAAUCCAGAAGUAGACCACACAAAUAUGCCCAACUUAUGGUGCAAAAACAAUUCAAUGGAGGAAAGAUAUUCUUUCUAAAAAAUGUUUAUUUUGAGAGAGAGAAAGAGUAGGGGGGGGGGGCGUGCAGAGAGAGAGGGAGAGAGAGAAUCCUAAGCAGGCCCCAGGCUCAGUGCAGAGCCUGACAUGGGACUAGAUCUCAUAACCAUGAGAUCAUGACCUGAGAUGAAAUCAAGAGUCAGAUGUUUAACUGACUGAACCACCCAGGCACACUGGAAAGACAGUCUUUUCAACAAAUGAUGCUAGAGCAAGUGGGUAUCCAUACGUUAAAAAAGAAAAACAAAAACAAAAAAAGAACCUUGAACUAAGUCUCACACCUUAUACAAAGAUUAAUUCAAAAUGAAUUAUAGACUCAAGUGUAAAAUAUAAAAUUAUAAAACAUUUAGAAAAGAACAUAGGAAAUUGUCAGGAUCUAGGACUAAGCAAAGAGUUCUUAGACUUGACACCAAAAGUAUGAUCCAUACAAGGAAAAAUUGAUAAAUUGGACUCUAUAAAAAUUUAAGACUUUAGCUCUGUGAAAGACUCUGUUAAGAAGAUGAAAAGACAAACUACAAACUGGGAUAAAAUAUUUGCAAACCACAUACCCAACAAAUGAUUAGUUUAUAGAACAUGUAAGGAACUCUUAAAACUCAACAGUAAAAACAAACAAACAAGCAAUUCAAUUAGACAAUGGGGCUAAAAACAUGAAGAGAGACAUUUCACUGAAGAAGAUAUACAUAUGGCAAAUAAUCACAUGAAAAGAUAUUCAAAGUAAUGCAAAACCAGGGGCACCUGGGUGGGUCAGUUGGUGAAGUGUCCAACUCUUGAUCUCAGCUCAGGUCUUGAUCUCACAAUCAUGAGUUCAAGCCCUGCAUUAGGCUCUGUGUUGGGCUCCACGCUGGGCAUGACGCCUACUUGAAAAAAAAAGUAAUGCAAAAACAAAACCAAAAUGAGAGAUCAUUAUAUAUGUCUCAAAAUGGCUUUUAAAAAAAGCAAUACCAAAUGCUGGCAAAGUGCAGAGAAAUGAUACAUAGCUGGUGGAAAUGUAAAAUGGUAUAGUCACUCUAGAAAAUAGUUUGGCAGUUACUUAAAAAAACUAAAUAUACACUUUUCAUAUGACCUGCCGCAAUUGUACAUGUAGGCAUAUAUCCCAGAGAAAUGAUAACUUAUAUCCACACAAUACCUGUACACCAUUGUUCAUAGCAGCUCUAUUCACAAUAACCCCAAACUGGAAACAAACCCAGAUGCCCUUCAAUGGGAGAAUGCUCUUCAAUGGGGAAAUAAUUGUGGUACAUUCACACUAUAGAAUAAUACUUAGCAAUAAAAAGGAGUGAGCUACUGAUAUACACCACAACCUGGAUAACUCUCCAGAGAAUUAUGUUGAGUUAAAAAAAAAAAAAGCCAAUCCCCAAAUCCCCAUAUAUACUCUAUGAUUCCAUUUAUAUAUUCUUGAAAUAAUGAAAUCAUUUAAUUGGAGAAAAGAUUGGUGGUUGCCAGGGGUUAAGGAAGGAGUGAGGGGCUGGAGGGAAAUGGGUAUGGCCAUAAAAGGGCAACAUGAAAGAUCCCUGUGGUGAUAGAAAUGUCUUGUAGCUUCCCUAUAUCAAUGUCAAUAUCCUGGUUGUGAUACUGUGCUAUAGUUUUGUAAGAUAUUAUCAUUGGUCAGAACUGGGUAAAGAGUAUUCUAUUAUUUCCUACAAUUGCAUGUGAAUUAUCUUAAAAUAAAAACGUUACUUUUUUAAAA